AGCCCUGCAGGGUGUUAACAGCCAAGCACAUACACCAACUAACAUCCUGUGACAAGCACAGGCACUUCACAUCCUCAUUCUAUCACCAGCACUGCCACACUCAGAGGAUGCACAUAUACACACCUUCCAAUGAACACAGACACACUCAUCCUGCAGUAGCACUAACACACUGCGAGAUCCUGUGAAUAUUUAUACACACUGUAAGGGGACAAGGUCCAUAUUAACAAAAACAAACCUUCACUUCCAAUUUCACACAUUGCCAAGAACACAGACAUUAACAGCAGCCCUUCUGCAGCACUGCUACAAGGAGGUCAUUCUGUCUGAAGAAUUCAAAAGCAGAGUCAGAUCAACACUCAAGAAAAAGGCAAGCAGAUACUAACAGCAGUGCAGUGUAUCAGAGCCAGUCAGCAAUCCAUUACAGCCCACACUGAUCUGCUGUUCAAGUUCAAGUUCACAGCACUAUUACUCAGGAAGGAGCUGUCCUGCUAUAUUCUGCCUUACUCAUCAGCCAGAGCCACAGAUUGGGACCUCACCAGAGAAACUGCUAAGGUUGGUACAAUGCCAGGACCAAGGGGACCCACAAUCCAGAUGGAGAGCUCUAUAUAGGCUUCAUGCUAGGAGCACCGUGAGAGAGCCAUAGAGACAAUCCUAUGGCAGAGGUAUUACAGCAGUCUGAUACAGUAACACACACAAAGAGAGCUUCACUGUGUGAUGAGUUCUUUAUGGAGUGUAAAGGAUAAUAUAUAGAUUAAAAAUAGUAAAACACAAACACAAACAGUAUAGUGCUAUCAUGAAAGAUUAUUUAGAACUGUAAUAUAAAUGUACUGUGUUAACAACUAAAGAGAAACAAGAGAUAGAAAAACUGAGAAAGGAGAUUGGGGAGAAUAUAACAAAUAUAAUGUCAGAAUGUGUCUAACUCUGAAAUUGAUUAAAUAUAGUGAGCUAACACUGCAUUAUCAGAUAAUAUAAUGCAAACCUCCAAACAUUCCAAAUGGAGAAAGUGGGGAAUAUAAUUUUAUGGGUGUGAAUGGGGCUUUGGUCAGGACUGGCAGGACUGUUCUGAGAAAUUUCAAGUGACUUACUAAUUACAAUUUGUGCAACUAAAAUGUAAUAUAGAAUAAAAACAAUGUAUGUUAUGUACACAGACUGAUUUCAAAACAUAUUUAUUGUAGUUUAACUCCUUAAGGACUGAGACAAUUGUACAAGUUCGGAUAAAAAACAAAACAAAAAAAAACGUGGAAUUUGACUAUAUGUCUGUAUUAUAUAUCACUUUUUCAGGAGAAAUUCAGCUUUUAUUUCACAUCAAAUAUUAAUAUAUAAAACAUAAUUUCAUAUGAAUGAAAUCUAAGAAAAUGUGAGAAAUUAAGAAAUGUUGUAAUUUUUUAGUUCUGCAUUGCAUUUUAAUUGUAAAUGUCAUAAUACUGUUUGCUUUUGCUGCAAUAAAAUACACAUAUUUGUAUUCAGCAAUGUCUCACGAGUACAAUAAUACCCCCUAUGUGCAGGUUUUUUGAUGUAUUUGAAAGUUACAGGGUCAAAUAUAGCACAUUACAUUUUUCAGUUUAUACACAUUGACAUUUGCCAGACAAAUUAUGUUGCCUUCGAGACCAUAUGGUAGCCCAGGAAUGAGAAUUACCGCUAUGAUGGUAUACCAUUUGCAAAAGUAGACAACACACUGUAUUGCAAAUGGGGUAUGCCAAGUCUGUUUAGUAGCCACUUAGUCACAAAUACUGGCCAAAGUUAGCAUUCAUAUUUGUUUUACUGGACCGCAGCAACUCCGCGUUCCAACUCAGAGUUCCAGGUGAUUUGUAAGUUGCGGAGAAAAGAGAGGCUAUGGUGGUAAACAAGUUAACACCGGUGCCUCCUAGUAGGUUACGGAGGAACUCAAGGACAUGGACCCUAGAUACUGAGAAGAUAUGAAUACGAUUGAGUAGAGGUAACCACUCACAAAAUUUGUUGUGGGUGGUCCUGACUCCGUGAAAGAGAACCUACAAGAAUUAAGAUUUCAUAUAAGUGGUUAAAGCCUUUAUUGGUAUAUCCAUAUGGCCGAAGACAUCAAAAAGACAAUACACAAAAAUAAAUGGAAGAGUGCAACCCAAGUGAUACAAAUAAAUAAAUAAAUGAAUAAAUCAAACUUGUGUAUUUUAAAAUACUGGGAUAUAAGUAUCAAAAUAUCCAGUUUACCUUAAGUAUAUAACCUUAGGAGGAUCAGUAAAUAGUUAGGUACCUCUAAUGUUUGCUGAUAUUGCCAAAGUCUGAAGGAAUUAAGGGAACUCAGAACAUGGGGGCUCGAGGAAAGGAGGGAGGGGGGAUGAUUGCCGAUCACGUUGUAUCAGUAGUCUGUAAGUGUAGCUACUAUAGGACACAGACUGUAACAUCUAUCACAGUAUUGGACUUGCAUCCGGUUACAAGUGGAAGAGAGAGAUAACUCUUCUCUAAGCAGUGCCGGGUUCAAAGGGUUCAGCACUCUAGGUAUUAUAGGCAUACCCACUGGAUGUAAUAACCAAGUGGAUAGGAUGUUAAGAGGUAACAAGCACGCAUACUGUUAUCAAAACAGGGCAUAUAGUCAUCAGUACCUCGUUAUUCCUGUAAAGUAGUUUACAUCUCCCUAAAAAAAGUGGCUAAUGAACACUUUAAACGUCCCCCACAUAGGUAGUUUAAGCUGAUCCAUCCCCCUGCUAUUAGAAAACAGCCUGUCUCGAUCUUCCCCAUGGUUUCCUGUUAGUUUAGUUUGCUGAUGCAACUCUAUUUAUUCUAAUUUUGUGUUGUCUGGGAAGUCUGCUAGGUUGAGGGUUUGAUGGCUUUUUGAGCAACUAAUAGGAAAACACAUGGUAGUCUACAAUCUCAAUGAUCUCGAGACCUGCAUUGCUUCACUUGAAUAUUUUCCAUGAUAUGAGAUGUGUGAGGUUCAUGAACAAACAGAGGUCAUUGCUUGUAAAUGCCUCAGAUACCAACUGUUACCAUCCCUGCCCUACAUACAUGUACCUACCACACAAUUCACAUCACACACAAGUAGCCCACAUAAACCUCCAUCACACACGCAAACAUGCGUACAAAUAAUUUCCAUCAUCCAUAGCAGAAUCAACUAGAAAAGCUACAAUUUCUGGUGAAAUUGUGUGAAGUGUUCUUGCCUCCACCAGUAGUCUACAACUGGAGUGGGCGGAGUAACUGGGUGGAGUGAGCUGAGUAACUGUUGUGUGGUUGGAGUGGCUGGAGUAACUGUGGAAAGGUUGGCGUGUGGUUCACUCACUCUACAGCAAGGGCAGAGAAGAACUUUCAAAUCUUUCAAAUCCCUCGAACAUUCCACCAACUGCCAACAGGAACUAAUAGAUUUCAAAUAGGGCAGAGAAGAGCGGUUAGAAACAAACUGCUCCAAAUUGCUCAAUACGAAUAAUAAUAUAUAUGUGAGAUAAUAGUAAGUGGUCUUGCCAUGGAGGGAUACAAAUGUACCAAUUUAUAUCAAAACGUUCAGCUAUCCCUGCUGCCACUGUGAUGUUUUGUACAAAUCAGUCAAUAAUUCCUGUAUAACGAAGUACUCACUUUAUUAAUACAUAUAUAACAGCAUCUUCAUAUUGCAGCCUUGUUACACAGGGUUUCUGCAGCCGCCAUUUCAAAUCCCUCGAACAUUCCACCAACUGCCAACAGGAACUAAUAGAUUUCAAAUUGGGCAGAGAAGAGCGGUUAGAAACAAACUGCUCCAAAUUGCUCACUUCACUGGCGGUUGCCAUCUUCAAACGGUCGUAUUUAUAAAAACUAUAAGUCCUACAGCGAAGAACUUUAUAUUGUGAGAAUCACAAGACUCAACUCAGACCUACAUUUUGAUGCAUAGUAUGUCUCUGAAGUAUUAAAAAUGAAGGCACAGUCGUAGUUUAGAAAUUGCCCUUCAAAUUUUAGGUGUCUAGAGUGGAGUUUCAAUGAAUGUCGUGAGUGGACGUGAGUUGCAAACAAAUGGUUAUAUUGUGAAAACUAUCAGGACUAUGACUUAGCCGUGGACAUGUUUAGUGGCAGCAGGGAUAGCUGAACUUUUUGAUAUAAGAUUUGUGUAGGUGGGCCUGAAAAUAAGGGAGUGGUGGCAAUUUAGAAAUCAUGUCCUGAUUUUUCAGCUUUUGCCAGCUCCCACUCUAGUUUUGAACAUUUUGCCAUUCAUUCCUAUGGGACCAAUUUCGCCACAAAAACAACGAUAUUUCGUGAACCAUUCGGCGAAACGUUCCACAAAGUAAUAGCAAUCCGAUCGGGAACAAUCCGCACGUUUCGGUAUAUUACUGUCCAUGUAGUUUAGAAACUGUGGGAGGAGUUAGGGUGGUAAAUUUGGCUAUAAUAAUAAUAAUAAUAAUAUAUAUGUGAGAUAACAUUAAGUGGUCUUGCUAUGUAAGAACACUUCUUUAACAGUGACUGGUGGAGAGAUGGCAGAUCACUACCUUUCUUGAAUCUUCUAACACUGGGUUUGAGCAGAGGCAAAUACUACAUUCAUAUAUAGUUAAUUAUUUUGGAUUUACAGUAAAAAUGGCCUAUUUCUAACUGUGAUAUUUAAGUAUCCCUUUCAAUAGAACAGGGAGGCUUGUUUUCAUACUACUGAAGGCUUGGACAAUUGUUUCAGAUUCUUGUAUAUCCCCUGUCUAGGAUACCAGAUUAAACAAGUGCAACAUAACAACCAUAAACAUACAAAGCUGUAGUUUCAUGUAUUUGGAAAAUGUAUUAAAAAAAGAAAUAGUUACAUCUUCAGUUAGAGUUAAACAAAAAUAAUACCUCCCGAGGGAUGAACUUUAACCAGGGAGUUGAACUUAUCUAAUUUGAGAUACAGCCCUUAACAGCUUUUUGAUUACACCUCCUUAGGGAAUGUGUCCAUUAUUGGCACGAAGGUUUUAAAAAGUCGGAGCCUUGCAGACACUCACUGAUAGCCCCAGAUGAAGGCGCAUUACUCAAGCGCCAAAACACAUAUCGGGCGUUUUCUUUUUAUUUUGUUAUCUUUUUGUUUAUUUAAGUUUUGUGGGAAUGAGAAUUUGUUUUUCUACCAUUUAAUGUAGUCUACAAUUUAGGGUUUAUCUAGUGGAUACUUAUCUUGAUCAGGGACAGUCUAUUUGAGAGAUUUACAUGGAGCUAAAAUUUUGAGCGUUAGUUUGGUUGUAGGGACUUCUGUCCCGAGGUAUUAGAGGGGGGAUCUUUGGACUGUCCACUUGGGGGUAUUUACUAUCAGGCUAUUUUGGUUAUCCUCUAGUGUGAUAACGUCCAAUUCUCUGAGAUUCCCCUAUUCUAUAAUUUUCACCCCUUUUUUUAGGGAGUACAUAUGGAGCUCCUUUAGUGCAUAUUUUUGCACUCAUAUAGUAUUAUUUUGAUCAGAACAGAUUGAAAUUACCUUUACUAGUGAUUAAUGAGAUCCUUGAGGUUGAUGCUGCAAGACUAAAUAUUUGAUAGCUGGUUCGAUUUUCGUAAGGAACAAACAAAGGUCUCCUCUUUCGGUGAUAUUCAGACGACUUCUCUGUUUGCGCAUAAUAUGAUUUCUCAUCUGUGUGUCAGCUCCCCUCCUCUCCCUCCUCAAUUCUCCUCCCCACCUUUUUUUUUUCCCCUUUUUAAAUUUUUUUUUAACCUUCCUUAUAGAAUGUGACGGCAGAUAAGAACCAUUCGGCCCAUCUAGUCUGCCCAAUUUUCUAAAUACUUUCAUUAGUCCCUAGUCUUAUCUUAUAGUUAGGAUAGCCUUAUGCCUAUCCCACGCAUGCUUAAACUCCUUUACUGUGUUAACCUCUACCACUUCAGCUAGAAGGCUAUUCCAUGCAUCCACUACCCUCUCAGUAAAGUAAUACUUCCUGAUAUUAUUUUUAAACCUUUGUCCCUCUAAUUUAAGACUAUGUCCUCUUGUUGUGGUAGUUUUUCUUCUUUUUAAAUAUAGUCUCCUCCUUUACUGUGUUGAUUCCCUUUAUAUAUUUAAAUGUUUCUAUCAUAUCCCCCCUGUCUCGUCUUUCCUCCAAGCUAUACAUGUUAAGAUCCUUUAACCUUUCCUGGUAAGUUUUAUCCUGCAAUCCAUGAACCAGUUUAGUAGCCCUUCUCUGAACCCUCUCUAAGGUAUCAAUAUCCUUCUGAAGAUACGGUCUCCAGUACUGUGUACAAUACUCCAAGUGAGGUCUCACCAGUAUUCUGUACAAUGGCAUGAGCACUUCCCUCUUUCUACUGCUAAUACCUCUCCCUAUACAACCAAACAUUCUGCUAGCAUUUCCUGCUGCUUUAUUACAUUGUCUGCCUACCUUUAAGUCAUCGAAAAUAAUCACCCCUAAAUCCCUUUCCUCAAUUGUUGAGGUUAGAACUCUAUCAAAUAUUCUGUACUCUGCCCUUGGGUUUUUACGUCCAAGAUGCAUUAUCUUGCACUUAUCCACAUUAAAUGUCAGUUGCCACAAUUCUGACCAUUUUUCUAGUCUACCUAAAUCAUUUGCCAUUUGGCCUAUCCCUCCUGGAACAUCAACCCUGUUACAUAUCUUAGUAUCAUCAGCAAAAAGACAUACCUUACCAGCAAGACCAUCUGCAAUAUCACUUAUAAAAAUAUUAAAGAAAAUGGGUCCAAGUACAGAUCCCUGAGGUACCCCACUGGUGACAAGUCCAAGCUUCGAAUAUAUUCUAUUAACUACAACCCUCUGUUGCCUGUCACUCAGCCACUGCCUUACCCAUUCAACAAUAUUUGAAUCCAAACUUAAAGAUUGCAGUUUAUUGAUAAGCCUUCUGUGUGCAACAGUGUCAAAAGCCUUACUGAAAUCUAGGUAAGCAAUGUCUACUGCACCACCCUGAUCUAUAAUUUUAGUUACCCAAUCAAAAAAAUCAAUAAGACUAGUUUGGCAUGAUCUCCCUGAAGUAAAUCCAUGUUGUCUCUGAUCUUGAAAUCCAUGUAUUUUUAGAUGUUCAACAAUCAUAUCCUUUAACAUGGUUUCCAUCACUUUCCCCACUACUGAAGUAAGGCUUACUGGCCUAUAGUUGCCCGACUCCUCCCUAUUACCUUUCUUGUAAAUGGGCACAACAUUCGCUAACUUCCAAUCUUCUGGGACUACUCCUGUUAACAAUGAUUGGUUAAAUAAAUCUGUUAAUGGUUUUGCUAGUACACCACUAAGCUCUUUUAAUAGCUUUGGGUGUAUUCCAUCAGGUCCCAUUGACUUAUUUGUCUUUACUUUUGACAGUUGAAAUAGAACCUCUUCCUCUGUAAACUCACGUGUAAUAAAUGACUCAUUUAUCCUUUUUCUCAACUGAGGUCCUUUUCCUUCAUUUUCAUCUGUAAAUACAGAACAAAAAUAUUCAUUGAGGCAGUCAGCUAGACCUUUAUCCUCUUCUACAUACCUUCCUUCUUUUGUUUUUAAUCGAACUAAUGCUUGUUUUACUUUUCUUUUCUUAUUUAUGUAUCUAAAAAAUGUUUUGUCCCCCUUUUUUACUGACUGUGCUAUUUUCUCUUCUGUGUGUGAUUUGGAAGCUCUUAUAACUUGCUUAGCCUCUUUCUGCCUAAUCUUAUAGAUCAUUUUGUCUUCCUCACUCUGGGUUUUUUUAUAAUUCCUAAAUGCUAACUUUUUGUUUUUAACUAUUUUGGCCACAUCUGCGGAAUACCACAGUGGUUUCUUGAAUUUUUUGCUUUUAUUGACAAGCCUAAUGCAAUUUUCUGUUGCCUUCAAUAGUGCAACUUUUAAAUAAUCCCAUUUCCCUUGGACUCCAUUUAAAUUGCUCCAGUCUGAUAAUGACUCCGCUACACAUAUUCUAAUUUUACAAAAGUCUGUUUUUCUAAAGUCUAAAACUUUUGUUUUUGUGUGGUGUGACUCAGUCACUGUUCUUAUGAUCACUGACUGAUGAUCACUGGAUCCUAAACUUUCACCUGCAGUAAUAUCUGAUACCAAAUCUGCAUUUGUUAACACUAAAUCUAGUAUGGCCUCUUUACGAGUUGGCUCUUCAACAACUUGUUUUAGAGACAAUCCCAGUAGUGAGUUUAGAAUAUGUGUGCUCCUGGCACAAGUAGCUAAUUUUGUUUUCCAAUUUACAUCAGGAAGAUUAAAGUCACCCAUGAUGAUAACUUCCCCCUUCAUUGUCAUUUUAGCUAUUUCCUCAACUAGUAGAUUAUCUAACUCUUCAAUUUGUCCUGGGGGCCUAUAAAUCACACCUACACGAGUUACUGUGUGAUUACCAAAUUCUAACGUAACCCAAACGGACUCUAUGUUUGUCUCACUAACUUUUAUUAGGCUAGAUUUUAUGCUAUCCUUCACAUACAGGGCCACCCCUCCCCCUUUCUUGCCUUCCCUAUCUUUUCUAUAUAAAGAGUACCCUGGUAUUGCUAUGUCCCAAUCAUUUUUCUCAUUAUACCAUGUCUCAGUAAUAGCGACUAAAUCUACACUCUCAGUUGGCAUUAUUGCCACAAGUUCAUGGAUCUUUUUCCCUAAACUGCGAGCAUUUGUAGACAUGACUCUAAGCAUUUGUAGACAUGACUUAUAACAAUGCCCAGUAGGAAGGCUGAGCUAGGUAUCCCACUUACUAUUACUUACUAUAGCCCACUAUAACAGACAGGCACACACACACACACACACAAAACACACAUACACACAUACAGACACACACACACACACACACACACACACACAAGACACACAUACAUACACACACAUACAUACAGACAGACACACACAAGACAUACAUACAAAGACACAUACACAAACAAACACACACAAAAUAUUUUAGUCAUCCUCCUGUUUCCUACCUUUUAGGUGCAGGAGGUUGACUUUCCCUGGGGUCCAGUGGUGGCUCAGGUGGAUGGGAGUUCCCACUCUGACUCCCUCCUCCUUCCUUCCACGCGGUCUGUGUGUUAGCUGGGAGGAGUGACGUGCAGUCACUUCCUCCCAGCUCUGUGAUGGUGGCCCUGACAGCAUAUGCCACCCGAUGGACCCCUCCAUAUGCGGCCCCGGCGGUUUGCCAUGCGGGCCGGGGCUGCAAGUGGUGAUGGCGGUACCCGGUCGCAGGGGUACCGCCGGCUCGCACCCGCACGCCUGCCCAAUCUGUCAAAAUUAGAAAAUCCCUACCGCCCACCUGGAAUCCUGAAACGCCCACUAGUGGGCGGUAGGGACCAGGUUGACGACCCAUUGUCUAAAAGAUGCUUAGGAUCCUAUAUAUACAGCAAAGAAUUAUCCUCUAGAUCCCUAUAUCACCCUGGACACCUUUUUAUUCUUUCCACAAUCUAAAUACAUAGACAUUAAUAUGUAAUUAUAGCUAUAAGAGCUUUUACUCUUCUGGGAAGGCUUCUACGAGAUCUUGGAGUGUGUCUGUGAUAAUUUUUGCCAAUUCUGUGAGGUCAAGUACUGAGGUCAAGUACUGAUAUUGGACAAGAAGGCCUGGCUUGCAACCUCCAUUCCAGUUCAUCCCAAAGAUGUUUGAUGGGGUUAAGGUCAGGGCUCUGUACAGGACAAACAAGUUCUUCCAGACCAAAACUCAUUCACGUCUUUAUAGACCUUGCUUCGUGCACUGGGGCAGAAAUAGCAAAGGGCCUUCCCCCAAACUGUUCUCACAAAGUUGGAAGCAUUACAUAGUCUAAAAUGUAAAAGGCCUAGCCCAACUGCUUUAAAACAGUCCCAUACCAUUAUCCAUCUUCCACCAAACUUUACAGUUGUAACAAUGCAGGUAACGUUCUCCUGGCAUCUACCAAACCCAGAAUUGCCCAUCAGAUUGCCAAACAGAUAAACGGUACUUGCUAUUUCACAGAACACAUGCCCACUUCUCCCGAGUCCAAUGGUGGCACGCUUUACACUACUAGAUCCAAUGCUUGGCAUUGUACUUAGAGACAUGAGGCUUUCAUGCAGUUGCUUGGCCAUGGGAACCCAUUCCAUGAAGCUCCCACCACACAGUGUUUGUGCUGAUAUUAAUGCCAGUGUAAGUUUGGAACUCUUCCGCUAUGGAAUCAGCAGAGCAAUGGUAAAUUUUAAGCACCAUACGGUUCAGCAGUCAGUGACCCUGCUCUGUGACUUACGUGUUCUUCUGCUGCUGUUCCUAAAUGCUUCCACUUUCCAAUAAUACCACUUACAGUUGACCUUGGAAUAUCUACCACGUUUAAAUAUUUUUUGAUCUUGUUAAUAAAUAUUAUCUAUCUUCUAUAAUAUAAGGAAUCUAUAUACAGUAUAUUUUAUUCCUUAUAUGUAAAUUAUUUUGUAAUCCUUUCCCCCUGAUAUUUACAAUAUCAUUAGAUGUAUUUAUGCAUUUUGCUAUUUAAAAAGGUAUUUAGUAUAUUUAGGAACACCUUGGAUUCAAUUCAUGUUUUAUGAUUUAUUUACCCCUUCUAUUGUAUAUUGGUUUUAUUGUAUAUUGCCUUCCAUUGUAUAUUAUCUUUUUUUAAUUAAUUUAGGUACAAUUACACUAUUGUGAAUGCAAUAAUUAAUCCACAUUUGAGUUCUAUAUAUUAAUACUUAAGUAAAUAGAGUGUGAGGUUCACCACAGAUGUCCAUACAUGUACUUAGUGUUAAAACUAAUUAUGUUUUUAAAUUAUUAUUCCAUGAACUUGUUAAGCUCUUUUUACAUUUAAUUUGCGGUAUUGCCAAGUGUUUAAAUAAUUGAACAGUGCAGGCGCGACCAGUGUCUCCGCUAAUUGGAGAAUAGUAUUGUUACGCAUUUGUGCUACAUUUGCCAAUAAAGAUUAUUUGCUUUCCAUAGCUGGCAGUGCAUUGGGCUUCUCCGUACAUCAUCACUUGUGAUGAUACAGGGAGGAAGUGCCCAUGUGCAAAUGCACUCAAACCUCUUGGUCGUGAAUAUCCACAAAUUUCAAAGAAUCAAGACAGAAAAGGACCCGGCAAGCUGUUAAAGAAGUCCUGACUGCACUGGGACGAAACACGUAGAGUGGCAAGCAGCAGCUGAAAGAAAAAAUGUCCAAGCAGCCACCUUGUUCACACCUCAAAAUAAGGUGUAGGAGCCCCCAGGAGUCGCUACCAGCAGUGCUUACUAGCUGGGCGUGGUCAUUUUUGCAAUUGGACUUUGGUCCCUGAGUGGGUGCAAGUAUGUGCUCUCUCUCUCUUUCUCUAUCAGAAAAUGUUAAUAGUACUCAUAGGUCUCUUUGUCAUGAUUUUAUUUGGUAAAUUACAUCAUAACAUAGUCUUUACAGACUAUCAACGUUUCGGCCACUUCAUGUCUUUAUCAAGUACAAUAUAUAUCGUACAACAUUCAAGAUCUUGUAUGUUGUAUGAGUUGGCCCCAGCAGCAUCCUUGUAAAUGUGUUCAGGUUGGUACAGCCUUCCUGGUUUCACACACACACACAAACAUACAUAUAUAUAUAAUAUUUUCUUGAUCUAUUUUAGAGUGGUUUUAGUUUGUGUGACUAUUGAGCUAAAUAAGUGGUCUUUUUAACUUUUAUAAGUUUUUCUCAUUCAUCUUUCUCCCUUUUUUCAAGUAUUUAUAUUAUUUCCUAAAGGUGCAGGAUUGGCAAUUAUUUUAACCUAUGGCUGGUGACUAGCGCCCUCUAGUGUACAUAUGAGAUAUUACUUACAUUUGCACUUUUUUGGUUUAUUUAACCCCUUAAGGACACAACUUCAGAAAUAAAAGGGAAUCAUGACAGAAUAUCUCCGUCAUGUGUCCUUAAGGGGUUAAAUUUUACUGACUUAUUGCAAAGGUGGCAUCCCCAUCCACACUUCAAUCCACCGAGCUCUUCAGAAUGACCCAUUUUUUAAACAAAUGUUUAUAAAUGCAAACUGCAUGGCUAGGUGCUUGAUUUUAUACACCUGUGGCAAAGAGUCUGAAACACCUAAAUUCAAUAAUUAAGAUGUGUGUCCCAAAACGUUUGUCAAAAUAUCUUGUACACGUUCUAAUAAAAAAUAAAAAAAAAAAAGUAAACAAAACCUGGAAUUUGACUAUAUGUCUGUUCAACCGUAAUUCACCUCUUUUAUAUUAAGUGCACCCAUGCUUAUUAUAUAUAAUUUUGUUCAGGGGAAACAGUACUUUAAUUUCCCAUCAAAUAUUUAGAUAUGAAGCUUAAUAUAUUAUAAAUAAAAUAAAUUGUGAGAAAUUAAGUAAUUGUGUUGUUUUUUAGUUCUGCAUGGCAUUUUGACUGUGAAUGUCAUAAUACUGUGAGCUGUUACUGCAAUAAAAUAUACAUAUUUGUAUUUAGCGAUGUCUCACAGUAAAACAGUACCCCCUAUGUACAGGUUUUAUGGUAUUUUAGUAAGUUACAGGGUCAAUUAUAGCAUGUUACAUUUUUUAGUUUAUACACAUUGCCAUUUGUCAGACUGGUUAGGUUGCCUUUGGUAGCCCAGUAAUGAGAAUCAUCCCUACGAUAGCGUACCAUUUGCAAAAGUAGGCAUCCCAAGGUAUUACAAAUUCAGUAUAUCCAGUCUUUUUUGUUUGUGUGUGUAAGAUGCAAAAAAUGAAUUUAAAGGAACAUUGUAGGCACCAUAACCACUUCAGCAGAUAUAAGGUGUUAUGGUGCCUACAGUGUUCCUUUAAUCAUGGCAUUGAUUGUGCAUGCAGACCUCCGCUGACAAUGGAGUCUUUUGUUUCACAAGACAAUGUCACAGAAGUGUAAGCAGUAAUAAAUGUUAUCUUAAUCGUUUUCUUUCAGAUGGCGUCUCAAGUUGCUGGAAGAUGUGAAGGUAUGUUUAUAAUUUGUUCUGCUAGAUAGAUACAGACUGCGCCCAUAACAUAACGGACCCAUUUCUUAUGGGGUUCAAAUACCUGAUUAUGGCUUACCACUAAACCUGUAGCUGUAACACACAAGGCUUUAAACACUAUGAGCUAACAAACAUUUUAACUGAGCAUUACCAUGUCUUCAGAAUUAAGCUCCAUCAAAAGGUAUUCCCUUCUUUAACUUCACAAAAAACUUUAAAACCAAUUAAAUAAUGUAAAACAGACUAUGAUAAGAAUUGUUCACAAAAACAUGAAAGAGUUGUCACUAUUUCUAAGGAGGAAUUAUAUUCAUGUACAAGAAAAAUCUAUUAAACAUAAUGUAACAUCUGAAAAUACCGAAAUAGUUGCACAUAGAAUACAUCUCUGAUUCUUCUGAGGUCAUAGGUGUUUGCAGGGAGUAUACACACACUACUGCAUGCACAAAUUGCAAAUCUUUCUCUCCAGUUUGAUCCCUAAUAAACAUUUUGUGUCAGUUCGGGUUAGCUUAUUACGCGAUUACUUAUAUGUAUAUGUAAUGACCGUUUCCCCCUUUUUGUUAUUCCUGGAAGAGAGUAUUAAAUUAUAUUUAUCAUAUUAUGUGAAGUCCCUUGUCUGUGCUCACUUGGAUUAUGUUUGCAUGUGUGGGUACAUAGAAAUAUUGAUCAUUCAGCCCUAUCUUCUUUCUUCAUUUUACAAUAGUAAAUAACAUCGUAAAUAUCAAUAUAAUGAUUUGACAUUCCUGAUCUAAACACCUUCCCAUUGAAUCCACAAAAAUAAUUCAUGGCUGUUUCAAAGUGGUGAAACCAGUUCGGUAAGUGCACCCCUCCCCCGCACCCUCACACACAGACACACGUAGUUGUCAUACUUUCAGUUACGUCUCCAAGAGAUUCAUUGCUUUGAGGUUAAUUCUAAUUUAUACUCACUUGCUGUUUGGUGAUUAUUAUACAAAAACUUUAGGAAAGUACACUUCUAACUGACCCAUGCAUGCGAACAGAUUUUCCUGCAGCAUGGAACCUGUUAUGGAAAUUCUCUUGAAAGACAUCUGUCAUCAAAGUUUCAUUUCUUGUUUUUUAAAGGUUUAUUAUAUUAAAUAAACAUUUAUAUAUUUUUUAUUUAUUAUUAUUAUGUAUGUUCAUUUUUUUGUGUCAAACUUGUAUCUGUCUAACCAGCCACUUUUUUUUGUAAAUAUGAUUUUUAUUUUUAUUCAAUGCAAGAAAAAACAGUGAGACUCGCAGGUCUCUAUUCUAGCAGAGAUAUAUUUAAAGCACAAGAAAAACAUAACAAGUUAGGCUAGGCCAGUGAUAGUCAACCUUUUUCUACCUACCGCCCACUAAUGCAUCUUUUUGGCUGAAAAUUUUUUCUUACCGCCCACCAGUUUUCGCGCAAGUGCAGAAUAUUUUUUAGAUAAGGUGUUUUUAAAAAAAAAUAAAUGUACGUACAUUUAUCUUUUUAUUUCUACUUAAUGCAUGUUUAUAAUGUUUUUAACUUUAUAAAGUUUAAUGAGAAAACAAUAAAGUAAAUUGAAAUUACCUUUACUAGUGAUUAAUGAGAUCUUGAGGUUGAUGCUGCAAGACUAAAUAUUUGAUAUCUGGUUCGAUUUUCGUAAGGAACAAACGAAGGUCUCCUCUUUCGGUGAUAUUCAGACGACUUCUCUGUUUGCGCAUAAUAUGAUUUCUCAUCUGUGCGUCAGCUCAUCUCCUCUCCCUCCUCAAUUCCCCUCCCCACUUUUUUUUUUCCCUUUUAAAACAUGUUUUUUAACCUUCCUUAUAGCAAUGCCCAGUAGGAAGGCUUAGCUAGGUAUCCCACUUACUAUUACUUACUAUAGCCCACUAACAGACAGGCACACAUACAUACAGACACACACACACAAGACACACAUACACAUAUACAGACACACAAGACACAUACAGACAGACAGACAGGCACACACAUACAUACAGACACACAGACAGGCACACACAUACAAAGACACACACAUAAGACAUACAUACAAAGACACAUACACACAUACAGACAGACACAAGACACACAUACAUACGACACACAUACAUACAUACAUACAUACACACACAUAUAUACAGACACACACACACACACACACACACACACACACACACAAGACACAUACAAAGACACACACAUACAUACAAAGACACAUACAUAAGACACACAUACAUACACACACAUACAGACACAUACAUACAGAUAGACACACACAAGACAUAUAUAGAAAGACACAUACACAAACAAACACACACAUUAUAUUUAAGUCACCCUCCUGUUUCCUACCUUUGAGGUGCAGAAGGGUGACUUUCCCUGGGGUCCAGUGGUGGGUCAGGUGGAUGGGAGUCAGAGUUCCCACUCUGACUCCCUCCUCCUCGUUCCUGCCGCACGGUCUGUGUGUUAGCUGGGAGGAGUGACGUGCAGUCACUUCCUCCCAGCGUCUGAUGUAAUCACAGGGGGCCCGGUCGCGCUGUUAAAGUGCUGUUAAAGCGGCCAGGGCUGACCGGGCCCCCUUACAAUCCACAUCCAUCGGGUGGUCCAUGCUGUCAGUACCCCUCCAUAUGUGGACCCGGCGGUUUGCCGUGCGGGCCGGGGCCGCAAGGGGUACUGCCGGCUCGCACCCGCCUGCCCAAUCUGUCAAAAUUACAAAAUCCCUACCGCCCACCUGGAAUCCUGAAACGCCCACUAGUGGGCGGUAGGGACCAGGUUGACGACCCAUGGGCCAGGCAAUCGAACAUACGUUUGGGCGCGCAGGCCCCCAGUAUUUGAGGACUUGCAGCUCCCUUUAGUCAUAUAUAUUGUGCAUUGAGAGCAUAUGACCUAGUGAAAUGUGCUGGUUCACGUGCCGCCCAAGUGUGCGGACACUCCGGCCCUUUGUCAGUGAACUGAAUAUUGGAUUACACUUGUGACAUCUUGUUAGUGAAGGAGUGGCUCUAGUCAUGUGUGUUGAUGACCUUGUGUCAAGUGUGUCCGUAGUAUCGGCAGUGCCGUUCUUGCCGACAACGCCGUUAUUGCUCCGCGGAUGUCUAGUGUCUUAUGUCUGGCAGUGUGUCAGUCAUCAUUAAUCACACUUACUCCAUUUACCUAUAGUACGUAUUUGGUAGUCGUCUCUAAUCCGUUGGGGUGGGUGGAUGUGUCUGGGCUCCGGUGCUGCCCUUGUCCAGCCCAUGGUUGUUAGUCCGUAUCCCUUGCGGAGAUAAGUGAAAAGGUGAGAGGGGAGGGAUAGGCAUAAGGUGGGGUAGAGAGGGGGAGGAUAUAUGUGGCCUGUCUCCAUUUAGUUAGCAUCCGGGCCAAUAGCUUACGGCUCUUGUUCCUGUGUAGGGAGAAGAACGCCCUAUGUCUCAGUGCAUCCCUGUGGUGUUUGGUGUGUAAGAGUGACGUUAAUUCCCUCCUCAGUUGGAGGAGCUUAGUCUGGUGUGUUGGUAGUUGUGCGAGCUUGUUAAGGCUAUCCAACUGUUGUAUUUCUGUUAGCAAUGCGGUCUUGUGGGCUUCCCUUUGUUUCUUUAGUGUCGUGCCUUGUUGUAUAAAGUGUCCCCGUGUUAAACUUUUGUCUGCCUCCCAUAGUAUGGUGGGGGAAGUCUGAGUCAUUGUGUUAUGUGUAAAGUAUUCCCUCAGUGCCUUCCCAAUAUCUGCCGUGAUGUCUGGUACCAAAAGCAAUGAGUCAUUAAGUCUCCACUUGGGCACCUUGGGUCUGAAGAGAGGGGAUUUGAGUGUGAUUGUCACUGGUGCGCGGUCUGACCAGGUCGCAGUGCCAUGCUCGGCUUGAAGCACCAGUGGCAGGUGGUAAUGUGACAUGUAGGAAAGUACCAGUGGUACCUGAUUGUAUUGGCUAUGAGCUGCCUGGUGAGAGGCCGCAUGGCCCUGCGGUAUGCCAGCAUGGCUGGGGAUAGAUCCGGGUACAGUUGGAUUUCAGUCCCUUCCAGUAACACCCUUUCGGUGUCUCUCGCUUUGCAUAGUAUUUCCUCCUUCAGUUGAAUGUUUUCAAGGCAGCAUACAAUAUCUCUCGGUGGUUCCUCCGGAGCACACGGAUUACGUCGCCAUCUUCUCAGAUCUCCAAGCCACGCCCACCUCGUGUAUUCUACUUUUAUAUGACCAACUGCUUAACAACCUAAUUUGUCUGCUGCAUGUUCACAUAGAGCAUACAGAGUCUUCUCAGAAGCAUGCAGGUUAGAUUGAGCAGCAGUUGGUCAGAUAAUAGUAAAAUUUGACCCAGCAUAGAUGUUUAGCCAGACAAAAAGUUACAUUUAAAUAAUAAAUAAAUCAAAAUAAAUCAAUAUAUAACAUUUAAACAAAAAAACAAAAAAAACAAAAAAAAAAACCUACUAGUUACAAAUCACCCAUUUUUCUGUAGUAUAUUGGCAUCAGUGUUGGAGAAAGACCUGUGAUGUCAUUUUUUAAGGAUGUUGCCUGCCUAACAUCACGUUUGAUGAGCUCUGAGCAAGAAGAGUUUGUGGGACCCUGCACCCAACCACCAUCGUUAACACAUGCUAUUAGCCCCAUGCACAUAUAGAACAAGCCACUUGCGCACAUACAUGAUUUGCCACAAAAGCAUACAGAGAAACAUGCGUUAGCCCCCAAAACUGUAAGCUGGAUAUUUCUCAGGGUCCCAGAGACCUCCAAACUGCCAUGGACUUAUCAACAGGUUUAAAGACUUUCCAAUACUGCAUGCAUUUGUGUGCAAAAUUAGCAUUUUAUAUGUAUAAAAUUCAGUAUAAUUUGUAGGUGCUUUCUAAAUAAUAUUAAUAAAAACUAAACCUAAGUAAUGAAAUUAUUGGUACUUUCUCAAAAAAUUCACUUGUUGCAGCUUCACCACCAGUGAAAAUUUACAUAGCACUUUCCUAAGUUUUAAUAUUAGGUAUGGUCAAGCUGAUCAGUAAUACACAAAACAGAUAGCUGUAUGGGGUACAGUAUUUAAUUAUAAUUAAUUUGUCACAAAAAAAUGCAUUUUUAAAAUUAUUUCACCAGAAAAAAAAUGUGUAGGGAUAAACAGAGAUUCCUUUAUGUUCAAAGUCAGAUUUUCUGUAAUACAAUUGCCCUAUAAUUGAGGUUAUAAUCCUGAAACAAAAGACACUUAGUUCAUGUCUACUGAGAUAUCUGUAUUUGUUGUAUAUUUUAUAUAUGUUUCCUAAAGUACCACUAAAGUCACCCAAACCACUUAAAUGGACAAUCUGGAAGAGUAUGAAAAGUGUGUUCCCUUUAUUUCAUUUACAAAAAGUGCAGAUAUCAAUAAAAAUUCACACUUUUAUAACUUAACCUUGUUACACCCCCUGGCUUUCAAACAAACAUCCGGUCGUGUUAUGUCCUGAAUUGUUUAGUAUAUCUAAACUGCAGAGGCAAACAGGGCCUGGAAGGCAAUUGCUCAGAGCACCUGCCUUGCAACACUUCUCCUUGAGCUGCUUUGGGAAGUCUGUGAUUGGACAGUCACAGAAACUGUGGGCGGGGAAAAAAUGGGAAGACUUACAAAGGCAGCAGGCAAAAGAACUGCAUCUUUUGCUUUACUCCCCCCCCCCCCCCCCAAAAAAAAUUACAUCAUUAAAUGUAGGUAUGUUUUCAUGGGGGUAUAUCUACAAAACAGUGGUUUAAAAAAAAGGAUUUUGUAUUUCGACAGUAGAAUCUCAAUCUCAAUGAAGUGGUCUAGGUGCAGUGGUCCUGCAAUUUUAACUUUAAUAUGAGAAACAUUGGAUGCGCAUACCAUGCAUGUGCAUCAGGUCUCAUUGGAGACCUGAUGUACAUGUACGGUGAGCGCAUUCAAUGUUUCUCAUUGGGUUGGCUCAGUGAUAGAGGAAGCAAUGCCUCCACCGUGAGGUUGUGGGAGGGGGAGAGAUGAGUAGUGUAUGGGAAAUCUGGGCGCUGGACAAUGCUAAGUAAAAAGCAUUUUUUUUAAAGUAUCAUUAUGGCAAACAGUGUUUGGCACCUCAAUGUAACUAGGAACAAGGGUACUAAAGCUUAACUAAUACAGAUUUGUAUUCCUAACACUAUAGUGUUCCUUUAAAAAGUAUGAUAUAUGUUAGCCACAGUAUGAAAACUAUUCUGUUUCCUUUUAACUCUAUCUGCAGUAUCACACUAAGUACAUGAAUGCACUUUUCAUUAUCAGGAAUUCAUUUAUUUUUUCUGGUCCUUUCCGUCCUCUUUAAUGUUUGUAAAUUUUUGUUAUCUUUCCUAGAUGUUUUACAAUACCGUUUCUCUGACAUCAUUGCAAAAAAGCGCAAUGGAUCAGUGCUUACACCAGAAGAAAUAAGAUACAUGGUGCAAGCAGCUAUGAACGGCCAAGCACAAGAAUGUCAACUCGGUAAUACACGUUAUACCAUUGACUAUGUAGACAAUUCCCAACAGUUGAUAGUCAGUCACCGCUAGUGAGCAGCUACAACAGAAAUAUGUAUUAAUGUUGGCAAAGACUACAUACAAUGUAUCAUGACUGCUAUUACUACUUUUGACCUAGUAAGAGGGACAGGCAAUAUUCUUUUCACCAAUAAAUUUACCUAGCUUCUUCUCCUACUUUAUAUCUCUUCUCUUUUCCUUAUUCUUGUUUCUUAUUUCACUAAAAGAUGUGAUGGUGGUACCGACAAGCCUUCCUGAAAGCAAGAUAACGCUACUGUGAUCACUUUGAACUUUGUAUCUAGUUUUGUGAAACAGUGCUUAAUUUCUUUUGUAAAGAUGAGUUUCACUCAAGAUAUACAUUAAAAAAAAUGCAGACACAUGCAAGAGGGUUUUGGGAACCAUAUGUUCCAUGGCCACUGGGAUCACCAAAUCAUUAUUAGCUGACUGUUACAAACUAUGUUCCUCUAAUUUCAUGACAACAAAGGGGUGUAGACAGACAUGAUAACACUUACUAUUCCAUAUUACUUGUAACACCGUUCUAUUUCCAGGUGCACUACUUAUGGCUAUCCGAAUUCGUGGAAUGGACCCUCAAGAGACAAUGACUCUAACCAGGGAACUGGUAGCCUCAGGUCGUGUGCUGCAAUGGCCAAAGGAAUGGAAUGGUUGUUUGGUGGACAAACAUUCUACAGGAGGAGUGGGGGAUAAAGUUAGCUUACCUUUGGCUCCAGCUCUUUCUGCCUGUGGCUGUAAGGUACGAACAUCUGGAAAUGUACAUGUAUCUUAAGAAAAGUAUUUAUGUGACAUCACACAUUUUCAUAAAAGGUAUUUUGGUCACAAGCCAAGGGCACUGAAAAAACUUGGAGCUUGUCAUCUGCUUGUCAAAUGUUAUCUAAAAUUUUAAUGCAUGGAUAUCAAAUAAAUUGUUUAGACUUUUAGGUUUCAGCGGACCUCAACCAUUUCAGAAAUUACAACUCUGUGUCCUGACAGUAAAUGAUCACAAUCUUCUGCAACAGAUGACCAGUGCAGCAAAGAGAUAUCUGCCAAUGUUGGCAUGCUGAUAAGUGAACAUAUGCUGUUACAAUUCAGGUGUACAGUGGUGGAAGAUAAUUUGUGUUGUCUUUAUUAUGUUACAUUAUAUGGUACCCAAAUCAUUAAUGUACUUACUGUUUUAUAAUUAACAUAUGUUGAUUGUUUCAUUCAAUUGAUAUGUAGUAUAAACAAUGGAUGGGGGUAUUUAAAAACAAACAACUAUAGCUAUCCUGUUCACUGACUAUAGCUGAGUUGAAGAUUUUUUUAAUAUACUACUUAGGCCUUUUUAUGAACUGCAAUUUUUGAGUGUUACAUAUAUAAAUCUAUAACUGUCAAGGUUGGUAUACUCAUAACUAUGUGUUUAUUAUAAACAAAAUAUAUCAAUUAUGCUUAUAAUAUACAUUGAUCAGCCACUACAUUAAAACCACUGACAGGUGAAAUUAAUAACAUUGACUAUAUCAUUACAAUGGCACCUGUCAAGGGGUGGAAUAUGUUAGAUAGGGUUAUCUUGGUUUUGAGUGCACUAUUACUUUCUUUCUUUUUGUGUUAUACUUUUGUUUUACAUCACUCUUGAUAGUCAUUUCAUCUUCUGUUUUGUGUGUUAUUUUGUUUUUUGGGGUUUUGUUUUUCUAAAGUCACAUGCUAUAAUGCUAUAGUUGUCUUUUAUGUGUAUUAGGUUCCAAUGAUCAGCGGGCGAGGAUUGGGGCAUACUGGAGGCACCCUGGAUAAACUUGAGUCUAUACCAGGAUUCAGCUCCCAACAAAGCCCUGAACAGGUUGAAAUAUUUUGCAAGCAUGUAUACAAAUGGAGGGAUUUAAUAUCUAAUAUUAGUAACAUAUUGCAUAUUUUUAUUUUUUAUUUAAGACAUAUUGCAAUAUAAAACCAGUGCCACUAAGAAAUAGUUGAUUUUUAGUUUCAUUGUGUUAAAUAAUUUCAUAAAAAAACACUAAUCACAGGAUUGUUCAUGGAUCUGAAUAUUUUACAAAGCACUGUGUAUAGGAAAGGCUGAAAAGGUAAUGUACAGAACAUCACAGAGGGGCAAUAUUUUUAUCCAAAACAUAAAUAUUUAACCCAGCUGAUGCACAGACCUACAGAUCAUUUACAUGUUUUAUUUCCAUGGGCAAAGAUCCACUAAUCAAUGUUGUGGUUAAACAAUUUAAGAUUUCUUAUUUAUGGUUGCAACUGGCACAAAAAGCAAUAACUAUUUUAGAGAAGAAAAAGUAAAUGAGAUGUGAUAGAAACAUUCCAUUGCAUUAACCCCUUCACUACCACAUUCUUUCUUGAUUUAAAAAAAAUUAAAUAAUCACAGUUAUUUGAGAUGUGGAAAGGAUAGCUGGAGCAUAAACUGUAAAACAAGAAUUCUGUGUGUAUAUUGCAAUACUGAUGCCUAAAAGAUCUAGGGACUUGUAGUGUCCCAUUAAAUGAUUUGACUACUUACACUGAAUGGACACCAGGGCACUCCUGUCACCAUAACCACUAGAGCAGGCUCCUAUCACUAUCAGAGUAAAUAUUACACCUGAGGUAAAGAGGUAAAGAAGUUAACUAGUGCAAUGCGCAAUACAUCCUAUUAAAUUUGUGCAUGGCAAAAAUAUUGAUUCAUCCCCAAAAGAAUUUUGACUCGGAUGAACCGAAUGUUGUCCAUGUAGUGUUUCAGUUUGGACAAAUUACAUCCAUGUAAUCGUUUUGGAAAAAAAUAUUCUAAUAAAUACAAAUGUAGUGAAAACGCAACCUAUUAGAGUACUUGACCCCAAAAUCAGUUUCCCUCCUCCUAUUUAUGGAGCCAUGGAUGAAACUCUGAAUCACGAAACAAACUAAACAGUUAGUUCAUUACCUGUUUCAGUUGUUUCAUGAUACGUCCAUGUCGUAUUUCAGAGUUGCAGAAAUUUGAUGAAUCACCGAUUGCCCAAAAUUUGGACGGAAUGCUAUUUGUUUGAAGCCACGAGUCUACAUCAUAUCUAUGGUUGAUCUAAAAAGUACAUUUAUUCUAUACAUAAGUACAUUUAAGCAUCACAGUCUAUAAGCAUGUAGUUCUCAAUAAAUAUAUGUGAAAUAUGGCAAAACGGGUAUAUGGAAACAUUAAGGGCAACAUGUUCAGGUGAAGUGCAUACCAUAAGUGCAUCUUUUAUAGUGUCCUGGUAAAGUUGUUAUGGUAAUGAAUUGUAAAAUGUGCCUUUUCCUUGACAUACAUCUAAUUUGCAAAAUGGUGUUGCUGUAUCACAGGAGGUGAGCAUGCGUAGUAUGUAGAAAUUAAAGGUUGGAGUGGACUACGGAAACCAACCAUUAUUCAUCUACCAGCUGCUGGUAUGAACAAUGCUUAAAGGGACACUGUAGGCACCCAGACCACUUCAGCUCAUUGAAGUGGUCUAGGUGCAAUGUCCUAUGUCCCUUGACCCUACAAUAGUAAUUAUUGCAGUUAUUGAGAAAAUGAAGUAAUUACUUUCCAGGCUUUACUCCACCUCUAGUGGCUGCCUACCAGACAUCCACUAGAGGGCUUUCUGGUUUUUAAAGGGACCUUUGGUCUGAUAUCUGAUGCUGGACAUUCUCACACUCUGCAUGAGGACCGCCAGCAUCAGAGUUUUACCCAUAUGAAAGCAUUACAUAAUGCUUUCCUAUGGAGAAAUCUUAAUGCGAUCGAGGCCAUUGCCGCGCAUACGCAUUAGGUCCCUCCCGCCGGCUAAUGUCAGCUGGAGAGGAGCAUGGGCAGAGCCUGACCAAGCACGAGGGACAUCGGUGCUGGCUUCAGGCAAGUGACUGGAGGGGAUUUAGGGAGGGGGCGUGAGGGAGGGAGCACCAUAGGAUUCUAUAGUGCCAGGAAAACGGCUUUGUUUUCCUGACCGUAUAGAAUCUCUUUAGCAUCUGAAUUUUUUUACCAACAAGCAUGGAUUUUGUUUCCUAUAUUGGCAGAACAUGUCUCCAUAUUCAGCAGUUUGCCCUGUACUUGGCUGGCAUUAUACUGGCACUAAUUAUGUCAGUUCAUCUAUUUAUAAGUAGAUAUCACAUACUUUGUGUAUUAAUAAUGUUUAACAGAUUAUUCAUACAUUUGCACAUUAUUUCAUCUAGAUUGUAAAUUUCCAUUGCAAGAGGGCCCUCCCCUUCUCCUGUAUUAAUUAAUCAAUUUUGGCGGAAUGUGAUGGCGCUUUAUAAAUAAAACAUGAUAAUGACAAUAAUAAUGAUGGGUGUGACAGAUUAUUCCAAUGUGUUUGUAGAUGGAGACCAUCCUGAAAUCUGUUGGCUGCUGCAUAGUUGGGCAGUCAGGAGAUCUAGUGCCAGCUGACAAAAUUUUCUAUGAAAUUCGUGAUGUGACAGCCACAGUGGAUAGCUUGCCACUAAUUACAGGUACGUGCUACCUAACCAGAUGUUUCUCAUAAAUUCUCUUGCCCUAUAGGUAUUUAGAUCUCCUCUCCUGAUCUCUCCCUGUCCCUCUUGACUAGUGUCUCUGACUGCCUCUCUGCUGUUUCUAACUGGAUGGCUGCCCACUUCCUUAAACUAAACUGAAAUUCUGGUCUUUCCUCCCUCAAGUAUUGUUAGUCCUGUGUCUGUCUCCCUCCAAGUCAACAGUGCUGCCAUCAGCAGCACCACGCAGGCUCGCUGCCUAGGUGUUCUCUUUGACUCCGACCUCUCCUUCAAGCCUCAUGUUCAGUCUAUCGCCAAAUCCUGUCAUUUCCAUCUCAAAAACAUUGCGCGCAUCCGUCCCUACUUAACGCCAGAUGCGACUAAGGUGUUGGUCCAUUCCACUGUCCUUUCUCGCCUUAACUACUGUAAUCUGCUUCUCAGUGGUCUUACGUGCUCCCAACUAGCGCCGUUACAGUCCAUAAUGAAUGCGGCAGCGAGGCUCAUCUUCCUGUCCGCAAGCACCUCCCAUGCCUCACCCUUCUGUCAAUCCCUACAUUGGCUUCCUAUAAAAUAUAGAGCUCAAUUUAAAAUUCUGGUUCUUGCUUUCAAAUCGCUACAUAAUGCUGCUCCCACCUAUCUAUCCUCUUUUAUACACAAGUAUGUCCCGUCUAGGCCCUUACGAUCUGCUGAAGACUUACGUCUAUCUUCUGUCCGUACUUCCACCUCUGAAGCUCGCCUUCAAGAUUUCGCGAGGGCUGCACCGUUCCUGUGGAACUUCCCUCCUCCUUUAGAUGCUCACUCAGUCUCCACUCCUUCAAAAAAUCGUUAAAAACCCACUUCUUCAUAAAAGCGUAUCAAUUAAACUGUUAAUAGCUCCUGAAUGAUUCCUUUCUUGCAACUGUCAUUAGCCUAAUACUAUCCUUACCUUUUUGUGUCAUUUUACCCCACUCCCUCUAGCAUGUAAGCUCAUUGAGCAGGGCCCUCAACCCCUCUGUUCCUGUCUGUCCAACUUGUUUGGUUACAACUACAUGUCUGUUCGUCCACCCAUUGUAAAGCGCUGCGGAAUUUGACGGCGCUCUAUAAAUAUCAUCAUCAUAAUAAUAAUAAUAAUAGAUAGAAAUAUUCAUUAUUUAAUGACAGGCUACCAUCUAAAAUUGUACACAUGUAUGAUAUCACGUGCAAGCACAUUUCCCUGGCUACCCAAAAGGCAGCCAUCUAGUUUGGCUAAUUGCUUGAUGAUUUCUAUAUUAUUUUUUUUCUAUGUGAUUUUUACUGAAAAAGAAAAAAAGUAGUAUACAAUAAAUAGUGAUGUCUAAACAAGAGUGACAUUUGUAGGGUUUAUGAUAUCUUGAUUUGGACUGGGUGAUGAUUUAAUUGUUCCUGCUUGAUUCAUGGACAGUGUGGGCGUUUCUGGGCUGGCUCAGGGUAAUAAUGUUUUUUGUUUUACUGCAGCUUCAGUAAUGAGCAAGAAAGUAGCGGAAAGCGUUUCAGCACUGAUCCUGGAUGUAAAGUUUGGAGAGGCAGCACAGAGCCCAACCAUAGAGGAAGCAAGAACUUUGGCCCAGAGUCUUGUAGGUUUGAAGGCAUUUUAACUCAUCCAAAGACUUUAUGUAUCAAUCGUUAAUUGUAGUAUUCAUAAUUGGAUUAUCACAGUUUUGCAGAAAUUGUGAAUAAUGGGCCAGGGAGACUCUGAAAAUAAACUGCAGCAGUUUUUUCAGUUUGUCAAAUUUAAGAAUUUCUACACUCAUUAUUCCAUGUAUUUAUUAAUACAGAAUCCCAUUAAAAAAAUAUAUAUACUAACAAUAACAUAUGGAAGUCUUUUAAAUGGGAAACCACCACUUCUUUGUAAAGUACAUCAUUGAAUAAAACAGUAAAAAUUACCUAUUACUUGUGUUAACAUUUUUCAUGUGAUGCUCAAUUUUCUUUUUAAUUUAUAUUAAAGAUUUAGCAAAUUGCAUCACAAUCCAGUUCAUCCCAGGCAUAGAAAGUGCACGCAUUUAAAGGGACACUAUAGUCACCAGAACAACUACAGCUUAUUGAAUUUGUUCUGGUGAGUAUAAUCAUUAUCUUCAGGCAUUUUGCUGUAAACACUGUCUUUUCAGAGAAAAUGCAGUGUUUACAUUACAGGCUAGUGAUAACUUCACCUGCCACUCCUCAGAUGGAUGUAAGAGAUCCUUCCUGGGUCGUGGCUGCCUAAAAUGCAUCCAAUCAUUCAGUAUCUCCUCCCUCUGCAUGCAGACACUGAACUUUCCUCAUAGAGAUUCAUUGAUUCAAUUCAUCUCUAUGAGGAGAUGCUGAUUGGUCAGGGCUGUGUUUGAAUCAUGCUGGCUCUGCCCCUGAUCUGCCUCCUUGUCAGUCUCAGCCAAUCCUAUGGGGACGCACUGUGAUUGGAUCAGGCCACCACUUCUAAUGAUGUCAGCAGACUGCUUGUUUUUUUUGUUUUUUUUUAAGGCAAACAGCAUGCAGAGUUACAGCUUCUGGCUUGAAUACAGUAAGAUUUUGCCAUAUUUAUGGAGGCAUGAGGGACCCAGCAGGGCUAGAUGGUGGUUUUAACACUAUAGGGUCAGGAAUACAUGUUUGUGUUCCAGACCCUAAAGUGAUACUUUAAAUGAGGAGGAUAGAUAAACAUUGUUAAAUGGUUAUAAAAUCCUUUGGAGGAGGGAAGGGUGAGCCUUUUCUGUGUAAUAUGCCCUAAUGGGCACUAUGCAUUAGGUCCCACCACUUGAUUUGCAGGUAAAACCUGCAAAAAAUAUUUACUGUUUAAUGCAUGCAAUUUGAGCCGGCAAAGGGAAGUAAACAGGGAGGGAGGGAGGUGGGUGGGAUUUUCUUUUUCUUUUUAUAUUUAAGCUAUGACUUUAUUAGGAGGAAGGGAAGGGAGUGGAGAAAAAAACACUUCCGUAUGCAUACUGGUGAAGAAUAUAUGUUAUGCACAGAAUUGACAUUGGGAAUUGAGUUCCAGGAAGCAAAAAUGAAGCUGAAACAGUGCACAUACUCUUACGAACAUGACAACUUCAAAUCGCUGACAUUUUUCUCUCUAUGCUGAAUCAUUGACAGGGAGGUAAGAUGGAGGCGAAUAGUUGUAGGAUAGAUGUGUACACAUGUAAUUUUAUUUUGCAGAUCUCACAAAUACACAUUUGUAUACAUAUUUGUUUAAUAUGUGGGCUAAUAAAUAUAAUAUGUAGAAUCCCGUGGGUGACGGUUUCCCUUAUUAUUUUUGUACAUAUUUUAUUGUGUAGUUGUCUCGUUUUAGGUCAAUGUGGGGUUCUCCCUUGGUAUUCCCACAACAGCACUCCUUUCUAAAAUGGACAAUCCUAUUGGUCGUUGUGUGGGAAAUGCUCUGGAGGUCAUAGAGGCUCUAGAAUGUUUGGAGGGGACUGGUUCAAGCGAUCUUCGGGAAUUGGUGACACACACAGGUCAGCAUAUUACAACCUAUAAAACGUGCUUUUUUUUACUCUAUUCCUAUAUGGAGAAUAAAGCCUCCAUUGCCCAAAAGUUCAAGAAACCUAUUCUGUGUUACUGUUAAAACAUUUCAACAUUACAUGUCAAUUAAAUAAUUUUGGGUCAUAGAUGCUGCUCCCGCAGCCUUGCAGAUGAAAAUAGUGUCAUUUCUGAGAAAUAGUAGAGUUUUUUGUUUUGUUUUUAAACAUUCUGUGUUUAUUGGUUUGGUGUUUUUGGCAUAGAGUUAAUCAUUACAGAAAGGAAACGUUGCCCUGGGUUUGUGCAGGGUUUUCGUCCGUGGGCGCUUCCUGCUGGUGUUUGAUUCGAUUUGUGGCUCUAUGGCCUUUAUUAUCAAGAGUCAGAAUGUGGAAAACAUAACAAAUGUAACAACUUAACAAGAACUGAAUUAUAGAAAGAAAAAAACAAACAAAAAAGGAAGUGAUAUACCAUGAUGGUAUUAAUGAUGGGUAUAGGAGUUGUUUCGUUGGCCGAGGUGUGAUUCGGCUUGCUGGAGUUGGUUCCCAGUGCAGACCAAUUUGUCAACUUCAACCCAUAAUGGGAUCGAAAUGCCAUCAGAGGUGUAUAUAUGUUUCCCUGUAUCUGCCUUGUUUCCAGUAUAGGUCCGAGUCUGACCUUCCCAUUCGAUAGAGAAGUGUGGGUGUCAAGUACCAUCUGAGCAUGGUCUUGUAGGCCUGCUGCUUAUGGUUCACGCAAAUAGAUAUAGAGGCUGUAGCCUCCCAUAUGUCCUGCCAAUCUGAUGCUUCAUCUGGGGGUCCCACGUCCCUCUCCCAGGCCGACACAUAGGCUUGUGCCCCUGGGGGCUGGUUGGUGAUUAGGAGUUUGUAGUUGUCAGUGAUCUGACCUUUGCGGACUGGGCCAUGCAUGCAGGUUCGUUCAAAAGAUGAGAAUUUGGUGGUGGCCGCUUUCCUGUUUUCUGAGUGUUCUAGGAAGCUGUUUAGUUGUAGGUAUCUGAAAAAGACAUGGGUGUUGUAUGCUAUGUUAUGUCAUGGUAAAUCGUAUGGGAUUACAUACUGCCUCUGAUUGAAAAAUCUGUUGGAGUUGUCACAAAACUAAUGCGAGCGCAAAAGUGAGUUUUCUAAAGCACUGCUAGCAUAUCGCAGUAUACCACUUGCAUGUGGUUACUCGCCUGCACAACUUCUUAUGGGAAGACGCCUGCAUACUAAUCUACCUAUGAAGGAUGACCUGCUUGCAACAAGAAAAGGUGCACAGGUAAAGCAGCUUAAAGAGAAACAGAAGGAGAAACAGAAAGUCUAUUUUGACUCAAGGGUUAAAUCUUUAUCUGAACUGCAUAAGGGACAAAAGGUGAGGAUUAAGGACAAGAACAAUACAUGGAUACAGAAAGGUUCCAUAGAGGAACAAGUGCAACCAAGAUUUUACAUGCUUCGGACAGAGGAGGGAAGGAUUCUUAGAAGGAAUAGAAGAGACAUUCUAAAAGAACCAAAGCAGAAAUUUUCCAACACUGAAUUAGAGACUGAUCAGGUUGUUAGACAGUCUACACGACAAAGAAAAAGUCCUGAAAGACUGAUAAAGUCAUGUUUAUAUAUAUAUAUAUAUAUAUAUAUACAUAUAUAUAUAUAUAUCCAACAAGUUAGACAGUAUGCAUAAGUACUUGCUCGAUUAAUAUGUUUGGUUAUAGCAUGUUUUUUCUUUAACAUGGAAUUUUCUUAAGAGAGGAAGGUGUAGUGAUAUGUGCAUAUUAAAGGACUGUGUUGCUUUAAGAGGCUGGGGGAUUCCCUGAGAAGGAGGGCUUAGGAGAGCACUCCAUGUUGUGAGUUUAGCAGUGACUCUGCAAAUUAUGUUUCGUGACUCAUGGAAGUAAAGCUGUUCAUAUGAAGUGAGCGUCAGCAUUGAUUAUUCUGCAAGAACCACAGAAAAAACACAACAGUUGCAUAUCUGAAAACAGCUUGCAAAAGCUGUAGUUCUCUUGUCUGAAACAUUUGCAAGCCCUACCCUUUUAAUCCCGCCCAGACUUUCUGUGGCUGUCCAAUCACAGACUUCCCAAUGUAGUUCAGGUUUUUUCAAGAGGGGUGCUCUGGGCAAUUGCUUGUCUCCUGUCUUUACCUCCACUUAGCUAACCAAACCAGGAAGUAACAGGACUAGUUGUCUUAUUGACAAGCCAGAGGGGUGUAACAAGGUUAAUUUAUAAAAGAGUCAGUUUCUAUUGAAAUCUGCCCUAAUUGUAAGAUGAAAAAAGAGGACACACUCUUCAUACACAAAGCAAUUUGGCAUGCUAAAGUGAUUUAGUUGUUUAGAGUGUUCCUUUAAUACUGAUCGUAAACAUUUAAAGCUUUAUAUGGGAGGGGCCCAUAAAUGAUUUUAAAUUGUAAAUGAUAAAAUUAUACUGUUAAAUAAACUGUUACUUUAAAUUAAAUAUAAACCAGAACUAUCUACUGCUGUUAUCCCCUGUAAAAAGUACAGGAGAGAAAAGAGUGCAUAAAUGCAACCCUUAUAGGAUUAUUACUUUAAUUUUAAUUAUUUUUGAGCAUUUCAACAUGUCACAGAGAAGUGUUUUGAUUUUGCUUUCUUGAUAGGUGGUCACCUUCUUUGGUUAUGUGGUAAAGCUGCAUCUGCCACACAAGGAGCAGAACUAAUUGCGAAAGCCCUGAAUGAUGGCUCUGCACUGCAGUGUUUCCGAGCGAUGUUAGAGGCACAAGGAGUACAUCCUGAUAUUGCCAGGACGCUCAGCUCCAGCAGCAGUCUUUGCAAAGCACCUCAUCAGGAUGUGCUGAAAGCAGAGAGAGUAGGUAAGAGCAUACAGAGCAAGCAAUAUAAUCUAGUUAGCAAGGUUGCUUGGUGAGCAAUGGAUUAAAUUAGCAAACUUGAUAAAGAUAGUAUUUCUCUAACAGGUUCUUGUAAAGCUAAUAACGUGGAACUUAAAUAGUGUCUAGCUUAGUGUCUAGUUCCUGUUAUAUAAUCUCUACGAGGCUAUGCUAUAUAUAUAAAGGGUGGAGCAAAUUAAAAUAAAAUUAUAAAAAAAACUAACUAGAAACUAUAGGGAAAAGUAUAUUGUUGUCUCCUCUUGGAGAGACUUUGAUAUUGUUUUAAAAUUAUGGGUGAAGAAGGUAAUCCAUUCAUAGCAUAACACUAAACUGCUAAAAUAUUUUCUCUUUGCUAAAUCAUGAUGCCUUAUUCUAAAUGGUUUAAUUUUUUUUUCUCAAACUCUUUCUUGUAAAAUGCAAGUAGUGUAAUGUGCGCAGUGUUGAUGUACCCAAGAGGUCAAGUUUUUUUUAUCCUUUCCUGUCUUGGCGGUUGUACCCCUUUCCUUUCCCAGUUACCUACUUCACCCUUUCACUAAACAUAAUAAAUCAUGCUGCCAGGGUUCUAAUCCUUACUCAUUAUUCUAAAUGCCAUUCCAUAUAUUGUCCAUUUGUAUAAUUUAAUAUUAAAUAUAUAUGUGUCAUGAUAUACAAAGUUCCUUUCUAUCGGUAGAUAAUCUUUCAUUUUCCAGAGCUUGCAUGACUAUGUUACAGCCUAAAUAUAUAUUCUGAUCCUGAAACCUUAGUAUGUUAGAAGCAGUGUCAUAAAUUAUUUACUUAAUUUAUAAAAUCGGAAUAUGGCCAGGCUAUGUGUACCUGAAAAUGUAGUACACAUUUCAUACGUCAGAUAUGAAAGAAAUAUUCCUUUAAAUUGUCUAAGUUUAUAAAAUAAAAAGAUUAUAAACCCUCACAAAACACCAAAACAUGAUAAUAUUAUUUAAAAAUGACUAGUUUUAUACAAUCCUAUGCCAGGGACAGUUGAGCUGAUCCGGGCAAGACCAAUUGCUGAAAUUCUGAAUGCAUUGGGUGCUGGGAGGAGCCGAGCCACCGAUACCAUUAAACACAGUGUUGGAGCAGAACUGUUGGUGGCUGUGGGACAACAUGUGGAGAAAGGUAAUUAUUUAGAUAUCAGUGAUUUUUUAUCUCAAUAUUUCUUUAUUUAAGUUUUUUAACAAAUACAAUUUAUAUCAAUUUACAUUUAAAUAUUCAGUCACUUAAACACAAAUACAUAAUGAUUCACAUUACAUAUAAAUGUACUACAUUCAUAUCGGGGGGUUCCAAGGAUAAAACUUUUACAAAUUCUGAAUAUCAAGUAUCUUUUAACUUCAAGUUCAGGGUAGAUCUUACAUAGUUGACAAUUUAUUUAGCCAAUUUUCAUACAUAACAUUUUUAUUUAUUUGAGAAAUAUUAUUUAUCGUAAGCGAUUUUUCCAUAUUCAAUUGUGUUUUAAUUUAAAAGAGUAUAUGUUGUUUUUGAAAGGGUAAGGAGGACCUCCAAUUUCUGGCUAUUAUAAUUUUCAUAGCUAUGAAACAAUGAACAGCAAUACAGAUAUCAUUUCGUGAUUUUAAAUUCCAGUUUACAUGUAAUAAUGCAACUGUAGGUGAAAAUAUUAGUUUUAUAACUGUCAGAUGAUAAUAGAGUUUAAAGACCCGAGACCAAAUUUCAUUAACACAUGGGCAAAACCACCAUAUGUGAAUAUAUGAACCCAAACUACUACCACAACUCCAACACGUAGGGUCGCAAUUCUGAUACAUUUUGGCUAAUUUAUUUGGUGUUAACUACCAUUUGUUUAUAACUUUAAAAUGGCACUCUAUCAAAUUCAAGCAAUGUAUAUUUUUAGACGUAUGUGACAAAGAGGAACACCAUUCUUCCAGUGUUAUUGUUAAUUCUUGCUCCCAGUAAUUUAUUAUUUUCGUUGGGUUAUCAUUAAGUAAGUCUAGAAGGAGAUUUGCUUUAGAAAUUACUUUAUUAACAUAAAUAUUGCCAAAUAUAUUUUCCAUAAGACCUGCUGACUGAAAUGAAGAUUUUAAAAUAUUAAUAUCUACGAAAUUUUUAAUUCUUAAAUAUGUAAAGAUUUCCCUAUUUGGGACUUGAGACUUUUUCACCAUUUCUUGAAAUAGAAUGAUCUUAUCAUCUUUCAUUAUUUGUGAAAUUGAAAUUGUAUCUUUAUUUGGCCAAUUCUUUAAUGAUAAGUCUUUCAUAAUUUGUUCUAGUACAGUUAAUUUACAGGUUUUUGGUAUAUAUUUGGCAAUUCCCAGAGCAUUUUUUUAUCUCCUACCAAACUUGUAAAAGUUGAUAUAAUAUUAAUGAUGUAUCUGUAAGGGCCUCUAUAUGUUUCUUAUCACAGUUUAACCAUAGAUAGUACUCUAAAUUCCUUGUUUUAGUUGCUUCUGCUUCAAUAACGUACCAAGGGUCUACAUUCUAAUUCACAUGUUGCUCUUGUAAUUUGUAUAUAUGUUUAAUUACAUUCGCAUAAUAUAUAAGUUUUGCGUUAAGAAAGUUUAAACCCCCUUGUUUUGUCUUUUUAGAAAGUGUCUUUAAUCUGAUCCUGGGCUUUUUAUUCUUCCAGAUAUAAGAUGAAAAACUGGCUUGAAUCAAAUCUAGCCAGCUCUUCGAAAUUUUGAGAGGAAUCAUUGCAAAUAAAUAGGACCAUUUGGGUACUAUCUAUGCGUUUACAACAUUUAUUUUCCCCCACCAUGAUGUUUGCACAUUUCUCCAUGAUUUUAGUGUUUUAUUAGUAUAUUUUAAUAAUUCCAUUACAUUCAAUUCCAUUGUAUUUUCCACUGUAGCUGGAAUUAAAACUCCUAAAUGAUUUAUUACUUUUUUAGUCCAAAUAAAGUUAUAUUCCUUUCUCAAUUUUUCUACAAUUGAUUUAUCCAUAUUUUUAUACAUUGCUGUGGACUUUAGUGUAUUUAAUUUAUAAUUUGAAACCAAAGCAUAUUUAUUAAUUUAUUUCAUUAAUUCUGGUAGAGAUUGUUCAGGAGAAGUCAUUAUAAUUGUAGUAUCGCCCGCAUUUAGCGAAAUUUUGAUUUCCCUUAUGGCGAUAUGAAAGCCUUUAAUAUUACAAUUAUCCUUAAUAUUAGUUGCUAAUGGUUCCAAUGAUAAUAUAUAUAGCAGAGGUGACAAAGGGCACCCCUGCCUUGUACCAUUCUUUAAUUUAAACCACUCUGCGCAUAUAUUGGUUUCAACAGUCCUCGCUGAUGGAACCGAAUAAAGUGCCAUAAUGGCGUUAAAAAUCAUACCACUAAAUCCAUAUUCCUCCAGAAGACUCAUUAUAUAUCCCCAGCCGACUCUGUCAAAGCCUUCUUUGCGUCUAAUGACAGAGUCAGCAGGGGAAUCUGCCUCUUUCCUGAUUAAUUAUCUAAUAUAUCUAAAAUUGUCCUAGCACUAUUGGUUGUAGACCUUCUUGGUACAAAACCGGUUUGGUCUGUAUGUAUUAUUUUUGGGAUAAUAUUUUUCAGUCUUUCGGCAAUAAUUGAGGCAUAUAAUUUAACAUCGACAUUGAUUAGUGAAAUUGGUCUGUAAUUUUCUACAUAUCUACUGUCUUUACCUGGUUUUACAAUGGAAAGAAUAUUCAGUUGGAAUAAUUCUUUAGGAGUUUUGUUAUUUAAUGCAAACUCAUUAAAAAAAUCUGUAAGGGGUUUGAUCAGUAUGGAUUUCAUCAUUUUAUAAUAUAAAUUUGUAUAUCCAUCAGAUCCUGGAGUUUUAUUUAGUUCUAAUUUGCUAGUCAACUUCUUCUAAAGAAAUUGCUUGAUUUAAUAUUAAGAGAUCUUCUAAAAUCUUCGAAAUUUUUGUAUUAGUUAAAUACUUUUGUAUUUCUAUAUUUUUUGGUUUUAAAUUUAAAUUAUAUAGUUCCUGAUAGAAUUUAUUAAAUUUUUGUCCAAUUUGUUCUGGAGAGGUAUAGAUCAUAUGAUCAUCCUCAAGUUUUUCGACUCUGUUUCUAGAUCCCUGAUUUAGCAGUUUCAUAGUUAAGUUUUUAUUUGCACAAUUCCCCGUAUAAUAAGUAUUUAAUUUCAAUUUAUUUAUAUUUAUUUUCAUUUUUUCUUCUAUUUUUGCGUUAAUUACAUUUUGUAAAUUAUUAAAUUUUAUUUUUCCUUCUUGUGUUGGUUGCAAUUUAUUAAAUUUAGAAAGAUUAUUAUAAGCCAUGUGUAAAUCUGUUAAUAUUUUCCCUGUUCUUUCCCUUUGUAUAUGAUCCAUUUUGAUUAUAUAACCCCUCAUUACCGCAUUGUGAGCGCACCAGUUUAUAGUGUGUGAAGUCUCAUUAGGCUUAUUUUUCUCAAAAAACUAUUUUAAAAGAUUUGAUAACUCCUUUUUAAUUAACUUAUCUUUUAAUCUCCAAGAGUUCAUUGGAUAUCUGUGGGAUUUCCCUAUAUCAAUCAAUAUAAAAUUAUGAUUGGACCAAAAAUUAUUUUUUAUUAUAAUUUUACUAAUAAUCGGGAUCAUGUUGGCAUUUACCAAACACAUAUCUAUUCUCGAAUGUGAGCCGUGUGCGCUGGAUAUAUGGGUAUAAUCCUUUUCCAUAGGGUUUCUGGCGCGUCAUGCAUCGUAUAGGUCAUACCUUUUACAGAGGGCCGUCAAUCUCUUAGAUUGUUUUUUAGUUCUGUUAUCACUCUUUGGGUUGCCCUGUGAUAUUUUAUCUAACUUGGGGUCCAUAAUGCAAUUAAAAUCCCCGGCUAUAAUCAAUGUGCCUUUCAUUAUGUUCUGUACCCUAUUCAUUAUCUUGGUUAACAUUGAAACCGGAUCCAUGUUUGGUAAAUAUAUCUAUUUACCAAAGUGUAGGGAGUCUUUCCUAUUUCGCACACCAAAAUGAGAUAUCUGGCAAAUUCAUCAGAUUCCUGAUAUUUAAUAUCUACUUCAAUCUCUCUAGAGAACACUAUUGCAACACCUCUUUUCUUUUUAUUUAAAGAUGCAUGUUUGAUUAAAGGGAAUCUAUCUCCUCCCCAAUUCUGCGGCUUAUUUUGUAACCAAUGUGUUUCCUGUAAAAAACUGAUUUGUAUAUUUUCUUGUAUUAACAAAUGAUAUAACCUGUUUCUUUUAACAACAGUGUUCAACCCCUGAACAUUUACCGACAUUAUCCUGAACAUUUAAGCCAACCAAUAUUCAACAAUCCCUCUCCCCCUUCUUUAAGUACAAUUUCGUAAAAAACAUUUAAAACAUUUAUAUCAGGCUGACAGACCCAAGAAUUGUCUGCAGUCCUAAACCAUACAUAAUCUUUUUGGGACAUACUUCCUCAUUUAUCUUUGUAACUAUUUUAGUUACAGAGAAAACUGUAGUGUUACUACAGAAAGUGGGGCAUACCUUAAAUGGAGUGAAGGAAUGCAGGUGCCUCUAUGUUGUAUUAUCCUUCUUUAUAUCUCAUUAACCACGUAAUACAAAUUGCUUUAGGUCUUUAUUAUCGGUGGUUCUAUCCCUAAUAACUUAAUCAAUUCAUUGUUUAUAUUUUCAACUAUAUUAAGGUGAUCCUUUUCUUAUUUAACCAUUUUGUUUUACAGUUGUGUUUUGAAUCUUAAUUCAAUAACAAAUUGACAUUUACCUAUCUUGUGUUAUUCCCUUUAAUUUUAAACUAAUUUAUACCACCAUUUGUUAAAUACAAAUCAACAUUAACCUUAGUGCAAUUCAUUUUUAUCUACUAUUUGUAAAUUCUCUAUUAUCUAAGAGAGUCUGCCCUUUAAAAUUACCCUUCUACAGGGGCGUACCUAGAGCAUUUGGCACCCGUGGAGGAUCCUAUGCUUGGCACCACCUUGCCCACCACCACCCUCCCCCCCAAAAAAAAAGCCUGUAAAAAAUGUUAAAGGUUUUCUUUCUUUUUUUUUUAACAAUUUGUAAACUUUGCAAAACCGCUGUCAGCCCCUCCUACAAAACCCUUGUCCUGCCCUGCCCCUCCUACAAAACCUCUGUCCUGCCCCUUCUACAAAUCCUGUACUGCCCCGUCUACAAAACCCCCGCAACCCCCUUCCACAAAUCCCCUGCUCAUCCCCCCCUUAUAAAGACUCCUGUCCAAAUACAAAAUUCCCGCCCCCUUCUACAAAAUCCCUGCAGCCCCACACACACAUUUACAGGCAGACAGUCACACACUCAGUUACAGACAGACAGUCACACACUCAGUUACAGACAGACUGUCACACACUCAGUUACAGGCAGACAGUCACACACAGUUACAGGCAGACAGUCACACGCACGCAGACACACAUGCAGUCACAGACAGUCAUAUAUACAUUGACACACACACAUGACAGCAGCAGACAGUAACAUGCACACAGUCACAGACAGUCACACACGGUUACAGGCAACAUCAAACAGUCACAAGCAAACAGUCACACAUACACUUUUCCUCCGUGCGGCCAGUUUAUCAGCUGUUUGCUUGUGUGAGCUGUACUGGCCGCACGGCACCCUAACUACCAUGGGGCACUGUGCGGACACAGCUCACACAGCCCCCUCCAGUCAGGGCUGGUGCAAGGAUUUUUGCUGCCCUAGGCAAAAGUAAAGUUUGCCGCACCCCCCAUGUGACAUCACAAUGCCCCACCCAUAUGAUCUGCCAUGUUAACUAAUGCCAGUGCUGCAGUGCUGCCGUGUUUACAUUAAACACUAUAGACACCAGAACCACAACAUUAAGCUGCAGUGGUUCUGGGGACUAUAGUGUUUCUUUAAUGUGAGGCAAAUUAGAGCUUAGUGCCACGAAUAAUAUACUAGAUUGCCUACUUAUAACCAGAUAAGGAUGAUGAUGGGCUCUAGCUGCAGUCUGGCUCCACUGGUCUGGUGUAGAACAGGCUCUCUGGAGGCGGUUUGUAACUGUGGUCACAAAAAUCAAUGUUCUGGGAGAACGGGAAGCAGCUCCAUUUUUUGGGGGCCCUUUACACAGCUCAUGGUCUGGGUCCCAGGGUCCACCUUCAUGUUCCACCAAUGAGUUUGUUCACAGGGGGUGGAGUGUGUAGGGGAUGUCCUGAUAUGUGUGUAAGGAAUGCAUUGUGUGAAUCUGUGUUUGUAUGUGUAAGGGCUGCAAGGUGUGUUUCUGUGUAUGUACGGGAUGCAGUGUGUGUGUCUGUAAGGGAUGCAUUGAGUGUGUGUAUGGCGUGCAUUGAGUGUGUGUAAUGAAUGCAUUGUGUGUUUCUGUGUGUGUAAGGGAUGCAUUGUGUGUAAGGGAUGCAUUGUGUGUAACGGUUGCAUUGCUUGUGUAUGUGUGUCUGUGUGUGUAAUGCAUUGUGUGUGUUUCUGUGUGCAAGUGGUGCAUUGUGUGUGAUGAAUGUCAAUCUCUCCCCCCCUCCAAUUUCCAUCUCUCCCCCCUCUCCAAUUUCCUUCUCCCCCUCCCAAUUUCUUUCUUUCCCCACUCCCAAUUUCUUUCUUUAUCCCCCCUCCCAAUUUCUUUAUUUAUGCCCCCCAAUCUUUCUUUAUUCCCCCUCCCAAUCUCUUUCUUUAUCCCCCCCAAUCUUUCUUUAUCCCCCAAUUUCUUUCUUUAUCCCCCCAAUCUUUCUUUAUCCCCCUCCCAAUUUCUUUCUUUAUCCCCCCAUCUUUCUUUAUCCACCCUCCCAAUUUCUUUCUUUAUCCUCCCCAAUCUUUCUUUUCCCCCUCCCAAUUUCUUUCUUUAUACCUCCCAAUUUCUUUCUUUAUCCCCCAAUCUUUCUUUUUCUCCCCUCCCAAUUUCUUUCUUAUCUCCCCAAUUUCUUUAUAUCCCCGCUCCCAAUUUCCUUCGACCCCCCUUCUAAUUUCUUUAUCCCCCCCACCACUGUUGUAGCGUGGCCGAGCCCUCUAUGGUUCGCGGGUACAGGGAGCUUUUGUUUUCUGUACUCGGCCGGACUAAAAGGAAGUGCACACUCAGUGCACUUCCUUUUAGUCCGGCCGGGUACAAGAGACAGAUGCUCCCUGUACCCGCGGACCAUAGAGGGCUCGGCCACGCUACAGUGAGGGAGUGACAGGAGGGAACGCUGAGCGCUGAGCGCUUCCCUCCUAUCAGCCCCUCUCCUCAUGUUGCGCCCGGUUGGUGCGGUCCGCCCUCAUGGACGCACCAGCCUGGGCAAAGCUGCAGCUGCCUGAGGCUCUCUACAGAGCGCUCGGGCGGCUGCAGCAUGAGGGUCAUGACACCCCCCACCCUGUGGGCACCCGGGGCGGACCGCCCCCUCCGCCCCCCCCUUAGUACGCCACUGCCCUUCUAUAUCAAUAUAUAUUUAUACUAGUUUAUACAACCAUUUCUAAAGUGCAAGUCGACAUCAACCAUAGUGCAAUUCAUCAUUAUCUACUCUUUGUAAAUUCUCUAUUGUCUAAGAAAGUCUGCCCUUUAAAAUUAACCUUCUAAAAUUAUCCUUCUGUGUCAAUAUAUUAUUGCAAGCCUUUAGUCAUAAGAAAAAAAACGAAAAAAAAACCCACGUAUUUCCUUAUCCUUGGAACCUUGUUAUUUACAGUGUUAUCUUAAUUUUAAUUAAAUAUCAAAUUAAUUAUUAUCUAUUUAUACUUCAGGUAUAAUUUAAGUGUAAUUAAACAUCAUCAAUAGUGCAUUUACCAUACUAUUUCAAAAAUACCCUUCUGUGUCUCAUAUGUUUAUCUCUCAAUAGUGAUCAAUAUUAUAGUAGAGAAAAAAAAAUAAAAAAAAUAAAAAACCUUAUAACUUAAUUUCUUGUCAUUAGCACCUUUCUUAAUUUGUUAUUUUCAGUUUUAUCUUAAAUCUUAAUCAAAUAUCACAUUAAUUUUAUCAAUUUUUACUUCAGGUAUUAUUUAAGUGUAAUUCAACCUCAUCAAUAGUGCAUUUACCGUGCCAGAAAAUACCCUUCUAUAUUUUAUAUGUUUAUCUCUCAUAUGUGAAAAAAAACCAAAAAACCCCAAAAACCUUAAUUGAUACAUAGAUUUUGAUAAACCAAAUUCUUAAGUGUUAGCCAAUUUGUUAAUUUCUCGUGUCUCAAAGACUUCUCAAAGACUUCAGAACGGCUAUCAUAAGUAAGGAUUAAUUUCCACCACUUAUAUCUUAUUUCAUGCCUUCUUAAGAUCAGAAUUGCUGGAUUGAAGGCUCUUCAUUUCAUACGGGUAUUGUAUGAUAUGUCUGGCAUUAUUAUUACAUUUAGGAAGCGUCCUGUUUUAAUUGCUUUCUGUCUAAACGCCUUCAAUACUUUUUCUUUAAAGUCAAAGGAAUAGAAACAAGCGAUCACAUCUCUAGGGAAGGAUUUUUCAAUGUUUUGGGGUUUAAAGACUCUAUGACAGCUUUCUAUUAUAUCCUCAUGUUCUUUAAGUGUUAGUCCCAAUUCCUCAAACAAUUCUUUCAAAAUUUCUUUUAGAUCUUGCUGAUCAUUUAACUAAUCUAACUUUCUGAAACUGAGGUUUUUUUCUUCUUGAUCUAUCUUCCAAGUCAUCUAUCUUUAAAGGACCACUAUAGUGCCAGGAAAAUAUACUCGUUUUUCUGGCACUAUAGUGCCCUGAGGGUGCCCCCACCCUCAGGGUCCCACUUCCGCCGGGCUCUAGGGGGAGGAAGGGGUUAAACUUACCUCUUCACCGUCUGAAUGCGCAUGCGCGGCAAGAUCUGCGUGCGCAUUCAGCCAGUCCAUAGGAAAGCAUUGUGAGUGCUUUCCUAUGGACGCUGGCGUCUUCUCACUGUGAAAAUCCCUGUGAGAAGUGCGGAAGCCCUCUAGCGGCUGUCAAUGAGACAGCCACUAGAGGCUGGAUUAACCCAUAGGUAAACAUAGCAGUUUCUCUGAAACAUGAAAAUGUUUACAGAAAAAAGGGUUAAUCCUAGCUGGACCUGGCACCCAUUAAGCUGAAGUGGUCUGGGUGCCUAUAGUGGUCCUUUAAUUCCAGGGAUGUAACUUGUUCUUUAAUUUUAUCAUUGACUUCUUUUAAUUUAUUUAUCUGAAAAUCCGUUUCAACCAAUUUAUCUUCAAAAUUUUGAACUUUUAUAAUCAAUUGGUUAAUUUCGUGUUUAAUCUCUUGUUUAAUUUCUUGUGUGUUAGUAGCUAUUUCUUUUUUUAUUUCUACCAAAUUGUUUUGUAAGCUCAUAUUGAGUUGCUCUAUUAUAAGUGAUUCUCUCACUCUUUUAUCGUCUGGUUCCAAAUUAUCUGAACCAGUAUUAGAUAUAUCCAAAUUCUGUCGGGUAUUAACCCUUUGUUGGUCCUUCUGUUGUUGGGGAGAGAAAUAAUUUGUUACACUCUUAUCAUGUUGCUGUUGUUUAUCUUUUUUUAAUGUUCCUUUUGAUUCUUGAGGUUUUCUAUUUGCCAUUUUGUUACAGAGUCUUCUCUCUUUCACUUAGUCUUUCACUUAGUCCCCUUUAAAUUUAGGUGUUUCCUUCAGUUUUACUUUAUUUCCAAAUAAAGAUUUUUCUCCUCUCCCUUCUUUGCUCUUUACCCAGCACCACACCUCAGUUUUUCUGAUUUUCCUUUGCUUUUCCUUUCUCUCCUCUUCUCUCAAUCUUACUUUUGUCUCUUUCUUUUUCAGAUUGCUGAUAUUAUUAUUCAAAAUAAAUUAUAAUUUUAAACCAGCCAUAAAGAUAAAAAGAAAUUUAAAACUUAUCUGAGGGAGUGUCUUUCCCUUUGCCAGCUCCGGUUUCUUCUUCUUUUUUUUUUUUUUGUAGUAGCCGACCAAACCUUUGUUGUUUUAUGUUUGUGGACUCCUCAUGUCCGGCUUAUUCAAAUCCAAUCUAUCCCAUAUAGGUGGUUCGCGCAGGUUUUUAUAAAUGCUGUUCGAGGUGGGAAUUGCAGCUGGUACUCUGGAAUCUCUCGAACCAGCAAUUUAUUCCCGCCUUUCAGCCGAGCAAAGAGUCGUGUUGGGAGUCCCCACUUUAAUGCGAACAAGCCCAUGCAUCUGUCAUUAGUCGGCGGUCCUACCGGAGCUCUGCCACACUCCACCUCACUCCAUCACGUUAGCCCCUCCUCUUCCGCCAGAGCGUUACCACGUCAUGACACAAGAAAACACCCGAUCACGUUUUUAAAUUUAAUCUUGAUAUCAAUGGAGUCUCUCUCUUCUUUAUGUCUCUUCGAAAAUGUAAUGAUUCCAUUGUUAUUCACCUAAAUGAGUUAAUGUAAUAUUUUAAUGGUUAUAACAUGUAAAAAGGGACAUCAUGUUGUUUUAUAGUGAGUCGUGGUUCAGGUCUGAGGUCCGAGUCAGAAGUCAUAGACUAAAUCCCCUUUUUACCUAGGGGUAUGACCUUAAUUUUGUUGGUCCUCCAGAAAACUAACUACAGAUCAAUCAGACCAAGAAAACACCUUCAUCUAGAUAGGGUUUCAGCCCCCUGAGCAUAAGUAUCAUCCCUGUGUAGUUUGGGUAUCACCUCAGUAGGAUCUGGGUAUCAUGGACAUUAUUAUUAAUGUAGGAGGAUGGCAUAUAAUAAUAAUACCAUCUGAUUGCUUACCAUAUAAUAAAUAUUUGACUAUCACAAAUGUUCCACGUAAUCCUGAGGUAUUCAUGUUAAACAACAAUACCCUCAAAAGUAUAAAAGGCUGUCUAAAUCAUAUAAUAAAUUUUAAGUGCAGUUUGACCAAGUACCAAAAAUCAGGUAGAGCCGUGACUAUUGAGUAAUUUUUCAUUUCUAAGCUGGAUUGAGGGUGAAAUGUGAUAUACAUAUAUUUGCUGAACUCUCUUACAUAUAUCUUCUUUUAUAGGAGAGCCAUGGAUCAGGAUCCACUAUGAGAACUCCCCACUAACGGAGAAGCAGAGGCAAUCCCUACAGCAAUCUAUCUCCAUCACAGAUCGGCCUCCUUUUAUUCCUACACCACGUAUCAGGGAAAUCAUAUCCUCUCCCGUCAAGAAAGAAGAGCUUGGGACAACAAUGAGGAGAGAAGGAGAGAUCAGCUGAAUAUGUUUGUGAAUCCGUAUUUUAUGGUUUGAUAAUGUUAAACAUAUUGUGCGGUCAAAUAUUAUCAAAAAGAUGGAUGUACAAAAACAAUAUACUUUAUUUUAAAGAAACCAAUAUUCCAUAUCUUUAUAAAUCAAUUUAUAUAUACAAAAUGCAUCCUAUGAUUUGAACUAAAACAAUUAAUCUUCUUUAAAGGGACACUCCAGACAACAAAAGAUAUUUAGCUUGCUGAAAAGCUUUAUGUGUGUAAGAGAGUGUGUGCUCUUUUUUCAUUUUGCAAAAAAGUGCAGAUUUUAGUAGAAAUUGAGACUUUACAAAUUGACAUGGUAACACCCCCUUGGCUUUCAAGCAGACAAUAGGUUCAGUUACUUGGCUUUCAAGCAGACAAUAGGUUCGGUUACUUCCUGGUUUGAUUAGCUCAGUGGAGCUAAACUCAAGAGGCAGCAAUUACCCAGAGAACCUGCCUUGCAAAUGUAGCCUUGAGCUACAUUGGGAAGUCUGUGAUUGGACCCCAAUUUUUAUGUAUACCCCAAUGAAAAAAUGCAUAAUUAAAUGCAUGCAUGUUUUCAUUUGGGAUAUAUCUACUAAACAUUAACUUUUAUUUAUUUUGUGUUUGGGUAGUGGAGUGCCCCUUAAAGUUUCAUAUAUUUUUGUCUCACAUAUUUAUUAACUCCUUCAUUUUCUUUUCCUGUGUUACCUUUCUUCUGUGAUUUGUAUUUUAAUGUUAAUGUUAACAACAUGUUGUAUUUUUAAUGUUGUAUUUAAGCUCAUUUUACAUAUUUGCACAUUUGUUUCAAUACAGUGUUCUAUACAUUCGUGCAAUUAAUAGGAUUAUCAACCAGAAUCAUGUAUUGUAAGGUUUUAUGAGAAAAGUAAAAGCAACUUUAAGGGGUCUCCAGUUAUUGGCCACAGUGCACAUUUUCCAUCCCCUGGACUGGUUUCAUAAGGUCCACGGCAUAAUUGAUAUUCCUCUUGUUUCUUUUUACAAAUUAAAGGACCACUAUAGUGCCAGGAAAACAAACUAGGCUGAAGGGGCUAAAUCCCCUAGGCUGAAGGGGCUAAAUCCCCUUUAGCCACUUACCUUAAUCCAGCGUCAGGCUCCCUCGGUGCUGGUGACCUCUCCUCCCCCUUUGACGUCAGCUCCCAAGUGGAGCCGCAUGCGCGGCCAGAGCUGCGCACGCAUUCAAACCGCCCAUAGGAAAGCAUUACUCAAUGCUUUCCUAUGGAUAAUCUGCAUGCUUAAUGCGAUUUUCACAUUGAGCGUCUCAGAAGCGCGUCUAGCGGCUGUCGGGAAGACAGCCACUAGAGGCUGGAUUAACCCUGCAAUGUAAACAUAGCAGUUUCUUUGAAACUGCUAUGUUUACAGCUGCAGGGUUUAAGCCUGGUGGACCUGGUGUAUAGUGCACUUAUCUUGAUAGUGUGGAAAACAGAAAAUAUUGAAAAUAUUUACCGUAAUUUUCUUAUCCUGGCUAAUAUCCAUGUUAGUAUCACUUAUGUGUUAAGCUCUUCCCUCUCAGCUGAUAGGACAGGAAUAUUAAAUUUAAGGAUAUUCUAAAAGAACACAUCUCACUAUUCACAGCCAUCAUGUAUCCAAGUCAAUACAAAAAGGGAGGGAUUACUGAUGCUGAAAAAAGAAAAUAACGGUAAAUAUUUUCAAAAUGUUCUGUUUUCCUGACUAAUCCAUGCCUGUAUCACUUGUGGGACUUUUAAAGUUUACAUGAGUGGGAAUAAAGAGAACAAAGAAUAUAGCUGCAUAUAUAUUGCAGAAUGAAGGACACUUCUGCCAAAUAAGGAGAUAGAAGAGCUGGAUAUGUCUGGACGGUAAUGUGGGAGAAAAACCAGGCUGCAUCCCUAAAAAUCUCCUUAGAAGAGGUGUACGCCAAAGAUGCCCAAGAUGCCAAUACAGCCCUGGUAGAAUGAACCUUGAUACAUUUUUGCACAGGUUUUCCUGCCAUUUUAUCUCUGUGGCGUAUAGUGGAGAUUGAAGCCUUUAAUCAUUUGUGAUACCCAAAAGUAAUAAUAGGUAGCAUCAGUGGCGUACAUACCGGGGUCGCAGGGGUCGCGGCUGCGAACGGGCCCAGCCCACCAGGGGGCCCGGCUGCCCUGCGACUCGGUCCCCCGAGGCUGGCCCUGGUAUCACCGGGUUGCCUCGUGCGCCGCGUACUGAUGCCGGAGCUGGAAUAUGACAUCAUAUUCUGGCUCCGGCAUCAGUACGCGGUGUGCGAGGGACCUGGACAGAGAGCGCUCAGGGGAGAGUGCUCCCUCGCACGCCCGCCAGCCAGACAGCCCGCCCCAGUGACUGGCCACCCAGCAGCACCACUGGACCCCGGGGAAUCCCCUCAGCUCUCCCAAAGGUAAGGAGGCUGGGGGAUUAAAUAAAAAAAUAAAAAAAAUAGUGUGUGUGUGUGUGUGUCUGCCUGCUAGUGAGUGUCAGUGAGUGUGUUAGUUUGUGUGUCUGUUAUUGAGUGUGUGUUAGUUUGUGUGUCAGUGAGUGUGUGUGUCAGUGAAUGUGUUACUGUGUGUGUCUGUUACUAAGUGUGUUUGUGUGUGUCUGUUAGUGAGUAUGUUUGAUGUCUGUUAGUGAGUGUGUGUUUGUCAGUGAGAGUGUGUUUUUAAAGUGAGUGUGUAUGUGUGUCUAUCUGUCUGUCAGUGAGUAUGUAUGUAUGUCGCUGAGUGUGUCUCUGUCAGUAAAUGUGUGUGUCUGUUAGCUAGUGUGUCUGCGUCUGUUUGUGAAAGUGUGUGGGCUUAAAAAAGCACUUACCUUUCUCCAGUGCCGGACUCCCUUGGCGCUGGGGAUCCCUCCGCCCCGAUCCGCCUCUCACCCCCAAAUGCGCAUGAACGGCAAGAGCCGCGUGCGCAUUCAAACUGCCCAUAGGAAAGCAUUACUCAAUGCUUUCCUAUGGACGUCCAGCCUCUUCACACUGUGAUUUUCACAGUGAGAAUUGCGGAAGCGCCUCUAGCGGCUAUCAGUGAGGCUAGAUUAACCCUCAGUGAAACAUAGCAGUUUCACUGAAACUGCUAUGUUUUCAGCUGCAGGGUUAAAACUAGAGGAACCUGGCACCCAGACCAUUUCAUUGAGCUGAUGUGAUCUGGAUAUCUGUAGUGGUCCUUUAAGUGUGUGUGCAUCUGCAUGGACUGGCACACAUACCGCGGUCGCAGGAGUCGCAGCCCUGCAACCCCUGCGACCAGGUGCCCGCCGCCAUUUGUUGCGGCCCUGGCCCGCACAGAGUAAGCGCGGGGGGGCCCACGGAUCAAUUUUCGCACUGGGGCCCCCAUGGGUCGUGUGUACGCCACUGAGUAGCAUAUUAGUUUGCCUGAUGAUCUUAGGCCGCUCCAGAAAAAAUUAUGCUUUUAGGAAAGCAUUGGGAGGCUAUUGUGGUUGCGCGGCAAAACAGCACACUGCACCAAUCUACAUCUCUUCAUAGAGAUGCAGUAAAUCAAUGCAUCUCUAUAAGUAAUGUUCAGCAUCUCCAUGCAGAGAUUGGAGAUGCUGGAUGUGCACUGAACCAGGAAGCGCCUCUAGUGGCUGUCUGAGUGACUGCUCCUAGAGAUAUUUGGGCCGUAUCUGAAUUCUUUCCUAGGGAGAGAGGCUAAACUCCCUAGGGGGGCCAUAUUGAAAAACUAAUAGUAGUAAACUUUAAAAUAAAAAUUGUGCUGCCUAACAGCUGGAGAACAAAAAAUGAUUAAUAGGGAAAUGUUUCCUUUUAUAAUAUACUUAAUUUGAAUAUUCCUGUCCUAUCAGCUGAGACGGAGGAGCUUAACCUAUAAGUAAUGCUGAGGAAAAAACGAUAAAGGGUGCGCCUUAAAAACAAGUGAAAGUAAUACUUAUAUGGAUAUACAAAAGUCCAAGCGGUUCUGCAAUAGUCCAAAAUUGGAGUGAUCCACGUAGGCAGGAGAAGGUCCUUGUGGGACAGCGAGCAAAGUAUAUGGUCACAGAUGAAGACUCGUAGUCCAGAGGUAUAUAUAUGGGAGAAGCAGAAGACAAAAGACUCCAAUGGUACACAGACCCUCCCUCCCAGAACCUCCCACCUCCUGGACAGCUCACUAAGAAUGCAGCUUCACAAUGAAUGUAAAAUGGAUGCUGUCCAGGAGGUGGGAGGGUCUGGGAGGGAGGGUCUGCUGCUGAUUGGCUGGAAUGUGUCUGCUGACUGUGAGGUACAGGGUCAAAGUUUACUCAAUGAUGAUAUAGGGGCGGACCGAACAGCGCAUAUGUUCGCCGCCCGCAGCGAACCGUUCGGCGAACUGUUCGGGACAUCACUAUUCCUCAGUUGCUGUAGUCCAGUAUCUCUUGCUGCCUUUUAAAUCUUUAAAUGCCCGCCGCUUUCCCGGUAUUUUCAAUACUAAUAAGGGGGGGACCUAAUAUCCUCCCCCUGGCCCCCACCCCUGAGCGGUGGGUGGGGGCCCUAAAUACUAAUAAGGGGGGGACCUAAUAUCCUCCCUCCUGGCCCCCACCCCUGAACGGUGGGUGGGGCCCUAAAUUAGAAUAGGGGGGGAACUAAUGUCCUCCCCCCUUGCCCCCAUCCCUGAGCGGUGGGUGGAGGCCCUAAAUGAUUGCAUGCAUGCCUAAUGUCCUCCCCCUGGCCCCCACCCCUGAGCGGUGGGUGGGGGCCCUAAAUACUAAUAAGGGGGCGGGACCUAAUGUCCUCCCCCCUCGCCCCCACCCCUGAGCGGUGGGUGGGGGCCCUAAAUACCAAUAAGGGGGGGACCUAUUGUCCUCCCCCCUGGCCCCUAAAGCCCUAGUCACCCCCCUCCCCAAAAAAACUAACCCCUACCUAACCACCUCACCCUAAAAAUAAUGAGGGGGGACCAUUAACUAAGUACCUGUAAAAAAAUUAAAAUAAAACUCACCAUUUGAUGUUUUUGUUCUUCUAAAAUCUUAUAUUUUCAGCCCCAAAAAAGGCCAAAUAAAAAUCCAUAAUAACCGACGCACUUAAAAAAAAAAAAAAAACUAGCGCAAAAAAAAAUAAUCCUUCACCCAUGGAUGGCUCCACGCAGACUGAGCUCUGCAAGGCGGGGGAAGGCUUAAAAAGGCUCAGAGCCACAGGCUGCUCACUGUUUAAUAGACAUGCCCCUACUCGCAGUAUAGCGAGUAGGGGCAAAAUUUACUAAUUCUAAGUAAUUUUUACUUAGUAUUUGUAAAUUUGGCUGAAAGACUAAUUUAGGUCUUUCAGCCUUUUGGUAUAAAACUCUCUAAUACAGUGGGAAUCAGGGAGUUAUCUACUAAGUGGCUGCAAGAGAAGUCCUGAAGUGCCAAAAUUCCGAAAUGCCAAAGUUCCGAAAUUCCGAAGUGCCGAAGUUGCCGAAGUUCCGAAGUGUCGAAGUUUCGGAAUGCCAAACCGAACCAAAAAUUUCCCCCAUGCACAUGCCUACUGUAAACCAACAACAACAUCUUUCAGUUUUCAAAACAAGACAACAUAUUUUUUUGAGUUUUAUUAGAUUAAAUGUAUUUUUAUAACAACAAGAUAUGUUUGUAAUACAAAAACAAAACCAGGAGCAAUCUGCUCAACACAUCAGAUAACUUAGGGUAAGAAGUAAUAAGGAACUAAGAGAAAAUGUCAUCAACAGUCAAUGGAGAUUGUCUAUAUAAGUGGAUUCUAUAAUUCAUUUUUCAGGAGUUAUUAUUAUGCCCAAAUCUAAACCAUAAAACACUGACAAAUUAGUCUGGCAUAAUACUUUCUGGCCCAUUGGAGGUUUUGACCUCAAAAUGAUCCUAAACAUUAACCCUUUCAGCCUGGUCUCUAAGUACUUACUCACACUAAGACCUAAUUUAAAGGCCUCCUGUAAUUCCCUAAUCUUCCACUCUGUUACCAUAUUACAUAUCUCACCUAACUUUAACAGCUAACUCUGUUUCCAAAAUGCUCACCCUGCUGCAUAACCCUUCACAGUAUUUCUUAACUAUCUGCUAAUUACACACCUGGAGAUGAUUGCUGAGACUAGUUUGUAUGAGGCGAAUUAGGCUGCUGUCACAAAGUUCACAAUCAAGUUGACCAUUACCAAAUUGACAACCACCACACUGGAUUAAACCAGGAAUGGCCACUCAGUGAUGAAGUUAUCUUCUUCAUUAUUUUUGCUUUUACAGGGGCUGUUAAAAUAAAUUUAGAGGUUGAUACAGUUUCUAUAUACCUACAUUAUAAAUCUGAUUGAUACGUGGUAGAACGUGGCGAUGUUUUCUCGUGUAAUUGCAAAUUUUGACUUUAAGGGGUUAAUUGGCAAAUGAAUUUAAACUUUAGCCAUUAUGAUUGAAUGUGUAUAAAUCUGUGGAAAGAAAGGUUAAUUGUUACCUCCCUUUAGAUUGCGUCUGUAAUUGAUCAGUCUGUACAUUUUAUAAAUUUUGUAUUCCUAAACCAUUCCAUCCGUAAUUUCUGUAUAGUAUGAAAGAACUUGCCCAAUAUACAGUAUUUAUAAAGAAAAUGUAAAUCACAGAGCUAUGCAUUGACCAACAUGGCUCUAUCAUUGUUAAUUUGUUAUGCCUCCCUGUAAUAUCAUUUUGCCGUUUUAAUGAAAUAAAUAGUUUUGUUACAAAGUCCCAUGUUUUUCUGUACUUUCAUCUUUGCUUUGUGAUAAUAGCUCAGUGGUAAAGUUUCCAGUGGCUUGUUUGUUAUUCAACCCCAGUUGACGCAUAUCUACACCAUGAGUUGACCAUGUCCUGCUGUGUAUUUCUCUUCAGUCUUGCCAUCUCAUGUACGGAUUCCUAAAGGUAUUAUUUCACACUGUUAUUAUUGUUCCCCAUUCUGCUUGCUUGCGUUGUGGAUCUGUUGCUUGCGUUGUGCCCGAGCAGUCACCCCAUACAUUCUUAUCUCAUUGACAAUCGUACGCAGCUGUGAUAGGACAUUAUCAGGUAGCCUAGGACUGUCCGGGGGUUGC